AGCACGAGAAAACCACGAGAUCAGUCUUGCUUGAGACUUGGAGUGAACUGGAAGUGUUUCCCUCUAGUUUGUAGUGGAGUGGCCGUAAAGUAAAAAAAGGAAGAAAAAAAGCAAAGCGCUGCAGAGCCUUGGGCAGAGCAAGAGCACCAAGUUGGCCAGAGUUGGAAGCUCCCUUGGACAGGGUGUGGAAAACAGUGAGCAACAUUUGGCUGUAAGCAAACCGACACAAAGUGCAAAGGUGUGCGCGGGAUUUGAUGCUGUACGAAAGUAUAUGAUCAAGCUGUGAAUCGUGUUGAAAGUGUAAUAAGAGUGAUUUUUUGAAAGCCUAUUCGCGGUGAAAAUAAAAUUGGUGCGAGAUUUCUUAGAAUCUGCCAAAACAGUGUAUUUUCUUCACCGUGUUGCGGUGUUGGAUAAAGCGAAAGGAAAAGAUUUUUGUCUGUGCUCGUUACAAUCCAGUGCAGCAAAGGUGCACGAUUCUGAAUAAAACAGCAAGUGAAGCUUAGUGUCAAAGUGGUGCGCGCGAUACAGCGCUGUAACGCAGGUUGAUAGUAAAGCGUUAGCGCUUGGGUUAAAACAGCUCGAAAGCGCUGCGGUGCCGUAUUGGAAAGUUUGAACAUAUCGCUGCCGAUCGCGAUCGGAUUGCUUUUGCGGAUACUGUGCCGUUUUACUGUGGAUACAAUAUCGCUGCUGACUGUUGAGCAACCGCAGUAAAUCGUUUCGUGACCAGAGGAGCAACGAAUCAAACCGAAUCUUCUCCUUUCCGGUUGCCUUCGUUGACGGCAACAAGCAGCCAUGGUGAAAAAUGAUGCAAACGCUUAGGAAACAUUCAUCAAUAUUGGCAAAAAUGAAAAUAUUUUUGCCACUAGUGGUGUGGAUAAUUCUUCUGUUUCGAACGACAAACGCACAACUCUCAGCGUCGCGUAAGCACGUGGGAAUCUUUGGUCUGAAACACGAAGUGUUUUUUCUCAACCUUGAAGAUGGCUACUUCGGUUGCCAGGUCAACGAAUCGACAGACUAUCUGCAGCUGUACGAGCUGUCCAAACUUUGUGAUGGUACAUCGGAUUGCUACAUGGGCUCCGAUGAACUUAGAAAUAAGUUAAAGUGUACAAAUGAUUGUGAUAAAGAUGGCACCGCUUGCUCGAAUGGAGUGUGCUUAGACGGCCAAUGCCACUGCAAUGAUGGUUUUGGUGGUUGUAACUGCCAAGUUCCGGAUGAAAACGAAUGUAAAUAUCGACCCUGUGACGUUUUCGCCCAUUGUACAAACACCCUCGGCAGCUUCACCUGUACGUGCUUUCCUGGCUAUCAAGGCGACGGUCUUCAUUGUGAAGAUAUCGACGAGUGUCAGGAUCCAAACAUCGCACAGCGGUGUGUUGAGAAUGCCGAAUGUUGCAACCUACCAGCUCACUUUGUGUGCAAAUGCAAACCCGGCUUCGAAGGCGACGGUGAAGAGCGAUGUGCAGAUAUCAACGAAUGCUUGGAUCCGCAAGCGUGUGGCCUGAACGCGGAAUGCGUCAACCUGCCCGGCAACUACACCUGCCAGUGCAGGGAGGGCUACUACGGCGAUCCGUACAACGGGUGCGUCGAUGUGGAUGAGUGCGUUCAGCCCGGCGUUUGCGGACCAGGUGCCAUAUGUACGAACCUUGAGGGUGGUUAUCGCUGCGACUGCCCGCAAGGAUUCGAUGGAGAUGCACGCUCGGCUCAGGGAUGUUUGGAUUACGAUGAGUGCGCACGUUCACCGUGCGGCCGGAAUGCGCUUUGCCGCAACGAGGUGGGCAGUUUCCGGUGCGAAUGUCAACAGGGCUUUUCAGGCGAUCCGAUGACGGACUGUCAAGACGUGGACGAGUGUUCCGGUAAUCCGUGCGCGGAGGGUGCGAUUUGCAUUAACACGCCCGGCGGCUACCGGUGCAAAUGUCCGCCCGGAUUGGUGGCCUCGGACGACGGUCAGUGCACGGACGUCAACGAAUGUGCGAAGGCGCAUGCUUGCGGUGAAAAUGCCAAGUGCAUCAACUUUCCCGGAUCCUUCAAAUGCUUGUGUCCGCAGGGAUACGAGGGACGCGGUGAAUUGUUCUGCAAAAAUGUAAACGAAUGCCUUGAUAAUCCAUGCGGGGAAAAUGCGCUAUGCACGGACACGGUGGGAAGCUUUAUCUGCUCAUGCAAACCAGAAUACACCGGCGACCCGUUCCGGGGCUGCGUCGAUAUAGACGAGUGCAGCGCGUACGAGAAGCCGUGCGGCGAGCACGCGAUCUGCGAGAACGCGUCGCCCGGGUACAACUGUCUCUGCCCGCAAGGGUACGUGGGUCGGCCGAACGCGAAAGUGGCCUGCGAACAGGCGGACGUGAACGUGCUGUGCACGACCGCCUUCGACUGCACCAACAAUGCGGAGUGCAUCGAGGGUCAGUGCUUCUGUCAGGACGGGUUCGAGCCGCAGGGCUCGGUGUGUGUCGACGUGGACGAGUGUCGAAGUGGCGCGGGGGGCUUGCGCAAGGAGCCCGCCUGCGGACCGUCGGCGGUGUGCGUGAACACGCCCGGCUCGUACCGGUGCGAGUGUGAGGCGGGCUUCAUCGGAACGCCGCCCCGAGUGCCGUGCAAACCGCCCUGUGCGGACGUGAAGUGUGGUAAGAACGCGUACUGCAAGGCGGAGGGCCAGGAAGCGUUCUGCAUCUGCGAGGAGGGGUGGACGUUCAACCCGGCCGACAUUGGGGCCGGCUGCGUCGACAUUGACGAGUGUGAUCCGGCCCAGGGCCCGAACGGGCGGUGCGGCUUGAACGCAGUCUGCACGAACCACCCGGGCAGCUACAGCUGUACCUGCCCGCCCGGGUAUACGGGCGAUGCGACACGCCAGUGCCAGGAUGUGGACGAGUGUGCCCGCCCCGGUGCGUGCGGCACGAACGCGCUCUGCAAGAACCUCGACGGAUCGCAUCAGUGCAGCUGUCCGGCGGGCUCGAUUGCCGAUCCGGAUCCGAGUGUGCGGUGUAUCAGUGUGGUUGCCUGUGCGAAGGACGCGGACUGUCCGGGCAAUGCGGUGUGCGAUCAGCAGAAGCGCUGUCUGUGUCCGGAGCCGAACGUCGGCAAUGACUGUCGCCAUCCGUGCGAGAAGGUGACCUGUGGGCCGAACGCGCACUGUAUGCUGGUGCCGGGCGGAGGCGCACAAUGUCUGUGCAGUGAGGGUUUCACCGGCCAACCGGGUCAGUGCGUGGACAUCAACGAGUGUGGAGCCAACCCGUGUCCGAGUGGAGCGGUGUGUACGAAUCUCCCCGGCGGUUACACCUGUCAGUGUCCGGGCGGAAGCUCCGGCGAUCCCUACUCGGGCGGCUGCUCCAAGUCCGCCCUGAACGCGUGUGGCGAGAGCAACCCCUGCCCGGCGGGGGAGAAGUGUGUGCAGGACGCGUACAGCGGCAAUAGUGUGUGCAUCUGCGGGCAGGGCUACAAGCGCGACUCGAAGGGGCGCUGUCGCGAUGUGGACGAGUGUGCGGACGACAGCGGCAAGACGGCGUGCGGUAUGAACGCGUUCUGCAAAAACCUGCCCGGCAGCUACGAGUGCCGGUGUCCGGCCGGGUUCAAUGGCAAUCCGUACCAGUCGUGCGACGAGUGCCACAGUGCGGAGUGUCGCUGUGCAGCGCCGUACAAGCUGAUGGAGGGCAACUGCGUGCUGGACAGCUGCUCGCCGGACGGCAAGUGUCCGGGCGGCGCGGAAUGCAUCACGAUUACGGGCGGCGUUAGCUACUGCGCCUGCCCGAAAGGGUUCCGCACGCUUGCGAACGGCCACUGCGAGGACAUUGACGAGUGUGGCGAGGGGCAGCAGGUGUGCGGGUACGACGCGAUCUGUCUGAACACGAUCGGUGGCUUCGAGUGCAAGUGCCCGCUCGGCUACUCGGGCGAUCCGUACCAUGGGCUGUGCACGCUGGCGCAAAAGCGGUGCGCCGCGGACCGGGAGUGCGGUGCGAACGAGCGAUGCGUCCAGCCGGGUGAGUGUGUCUGCCCGCCGCCGUACUACAUGGACGCGUACGAUGGCAACCGGUGCAAGAGCCCGUGCGAGCGGUUCCCGUGCGGCAUGAAUGCGCGCUGCACGCCGUCCGAUCCGCCCCAGUGCAUGUGCGAGGUCGGGUUCAAGGGCGACCCGCUGACCGGCUGUAUCGACGAGGACGAGUGUGCCAACAGUCCGUGCGCGUACGGUGCGCAGUGCGUGAACCAGCGGGGCGGCUACAAGUGCGUCUGCCCGGCCGGGAUGGUGGGUGACGCGUACAAGGGCGGCUGCAUACUGGAGCAGGGCGCGGUCAAGAGCCAGUGCCGGCGGAACGAGGACUGCGCGGAUACGCUAGCCUGCGAGCGGGGCACUUGCGUGAGUCCGUGCGCGAGCCUGCUGUGCGGACCGAACGCGUUCUGCGAGCCGGAGAAGCAUGCGGCCUGGUGCCGGUGUCGGGCCGGUUUCGUCGAGGGCCCGGGUGGAGACUGUGUAUCACAAUGCGAAGGGUACAUGUGUGGCCAGGGAGCGAUGUGCAUUGUAUCCAACACCGGACCGACCUGCAAAUGUCCGCCGGGAGAGAUGGGAAACCCGUUCCCGGGCGGUGCCUGCACCACGGACCAAUGCUCCACCAGCAGACCGUGUGCCGAUCCGCAGGUUUGCAUUAACGGACGCUGCAAGCACAAGUGCGACGGGGUAAUCUGUGGCAUCGGAGCCACCUGCGACGCUGCCAGCGGGAAAUGCAUUUGCGAGCCGUACUUCGUCGGCAAUCCGGAGCUGAUUUGCAUGCCACCUGUCUCAUCGCCUGCCUGUGAACCUUCGUGUGGCCAGAACGCACACUGCGAGUAUGGCGUCGUGCAGAACGUGUGUGUGUGCAACCCCGGCACGACCGGCAAUCCGUACGGGCUGUGCGAGCCGCAGCAGCGCAACAUGUGCAGCCGGAUGCGGUGCGGAGCGAACGCCGAGUGCCGCGAGUCGCUCGCCUCGGCGGAGUGCGUUUGUCCGGGCGGGUUCAGCGGCAACCCGUACGUGGCAUGCCGCGACGUGGACGAAUGUUCGGCGGUCGGUGUGUGCGGCGAGGGCGCGAUAUGCAUCAACUCGGAGGGCAGCUUUGACUGCCGUUGCCGGCCCGGGUACGGCGGCAAUCCGUUCGUGAUGUGUUCUGCGAUAGAGAAAACGGUUUGCACCAAUCCACGCCAGUGUCAGUGCGGCGCGAACAUGCAGUGUCCGCCCGGGUACGGUUGCGUGCGUGGCGUGUGCAACAAUCUGUGCGCUAACACGACCUGCGGUCCACGGGCGGCCUGCGACGCGGGACGAUGCGUCUGUCCGCCCGGGUACACGGGCAAUGCGGCCGACCGCAAGAGCGGCUGCGUGCCGGACGGCCAGUGCGACAGUGAUGCGGACUGCGAAGCGUCCAAGAUUUGCUUCCAAACGAGCAAAGGCGUGCGACGGUGUGUGGAUGCGUGCAGCAAGGUGCAGUGCGGCCCGAACGCGCUCUGCGUGUCGAACGAUCAUCGCAGCACGUGCAUCUGCGCACCGAGCUAUGUUGGCAAUCCGGGCGACCUGACGGUGGGCUGCCAGCAGGAGGCGAAGCUGGUGGCGGAGUGUAAAACCGACGGCGACUGCAAGCCGGGCCACGUGUGCACGGCUGUGACGGAGACCGGACACCAGGCGUGCGUCAAUCCGUGCAGUGCGGUAGAGUGUGGCGUGCACGAGGUGUGCACGGUCAAUGAGGUCAAUCAACCGGUCUGCCACUGUCAGAGCGGGUACCGCUGGAAUCCCGUUACCUCGGGGUGUGUGAAGCCCUCGAUCCCGGAUUGUACGGCGGACGCGGACUGCCAUCAGGUUGCAGCCUGCCGGCCGGAUGCCGUGGGCGUGCUGAAGUGCAUUGCCGUGUGUACGGAGUUCACCUGCCCGCCGAACUCGGUGUGCGUUUCGUCCAAUCAUCGCGGCAGCUGCCAGUGUCUGCCAGGCUACACGGGCAACCCGAACGACCGCAAUGGCUGCCGUCCCGAGCAGCAGAAUACCUGCCUCACCAGUGCGGAGUGCGCCGAGUCGGACGCGUGCGUUGCGCACGACGGUGCGGCCCUGUCCUGCCGACCGGCCUGUGAGAGUGUGCAGUGUGGCCCGUACGCACUGUGCGUCACCAACAAUCAUGCCGCGCAGUGCCAGUGUCCGCCGGGCUCGUACGCUGGCGAUCCGUACGACCUAGCGAAGGGAUGCCAGUCGGUGCCGUGCGUCUACAACCGGGACUGCCCCUCGAACCAGCUUUGCAAUCGCAUGACGCACAGCUGCGUGGACGUGUGUCAGGAGGAUACGUGUGGCGAGAAUGCGGUGUGCAUCGCGGAAAACCACCGCUCCGUGUGCCAGUGUCCGCCGGGCUAUCGGGCGAACCCGAUUGCCGAGGUCGAAUGUGCGCAGGUGCGAUCGUGCGAUCCGAACCCGUGCCAUCCGUCCGCUUCCUGCGAGCCGGGCCCGGAUGGGUACGUGUGCAAGUGUCCGGUAGGACAGAUCGGAAACCCUUUGACGGGAUGCCGACAGGAAGGGGCCUGUCCCGGGGGAGAUCGCGACUGUCCGGACGGUGCGGCCUGCGUGAACGGGAAGUGUACCGAUCCGUGUCUGGGUGCGUGCGGCAUCAACUCGCAGUGCACGGUCGUCAAUCGGGAGCCGGUGUGUAGCUGCAAGGCGAAGUACGUCCCCGGCGCGACGGGAUCGGCACGAGACGGUUGUGUCCGAUCGAGCAGUGGCUGUAUGAGCGAUCUCGACUGCAACGGAGACGUGUGUCACGGUGGCCAGUGUGCAGUUGCGUGCCGCAACACCAACGACUGCUCGCCGGGCGAGCGCUGUCUUAGCAACGUUUGUGCCCUGCCCUGUUCCGAUCACAGCCAGUGCGGCCAGGGGCAGGCGUGCGCCGGUGGCAUCUGUACGAUCGGGUGCCGCAGCAGCCGCGACUGCAGCGGAACGACGGCCUGCAUUGACUUCAAGUGUACCGACCCGUGCACGGCGGACAGGAAUGCGUGCGGACCGAACGCGCUCUGCUCGGCGGUAGAUCACGUGCCCCAGUGCACCUGCCCGGCAGGGUUCGAGGGCAAUCCAUCGCCCGACCAGGGCUGCGUGCGGAUGCCGACGAGCUGCGAAACUUCGGCACAGUGUGCCGCGGGCCACAUGUGCAUCGGCAAUCUGUGCAGUUUGCCCUGUUCCGAGACGUCGCCAUCCUGUGCGAUUGGAGAGCGGUGCGCUAACAGCGUUUGUGCGAAGGUUUGCUACACCAACAACAACUGUCUGCCCGGCGAGGUAUGCAGCGAGGCGGGUGUGUGCGUGCCAGGAUGCGGAACCGACGCCGACUGCCCAUCGCAGCGCGUUUGCCAGGCGGGCAAGUGCAAGUGCAUGAAGGGCUUCAUCGGGACGCCGUUCGGAUGCACCGAUAUUGAUGAGUGUUCCGAGCGGCCGUGCCAUGCGAGCGCGGUAUGUGAGAACAUUCCCGGCUCCUAUCGCUGCCAGUGUCCCGAGGGAGCGGUUGGGGACGCUUACGCCAGUCCGGGCUGCCGCAAGCCGAGCCAGUGUCGCCGGGAUGUCGACUGUGCGGACGAGCUGGCCUGCAUCGGAGGCAAAUGCCGCAGCCCGUGCAGCACGAAGCAGUGCAGCCGGAAUGCGGAGUGCCAGGUGGUGGGCCACCGGGCGGAAUGCUUCUGUCCGGCGGGAUACCUUGGCGAUGCGACGGACGGGGAGAUCGGCGGCAUCGGCUGCUUCAAGGUGGAGUGCGUGCACAACGAGGACUGCGGAGUGGAGCGGGCCUGCAGCGAGGAGUCGAACCGCUGCGUCAACCCCUGCGAGCAGCUCAACUGUGGCCGGGGAACGUGCCAGAUCCAGAACCAUGAGGCGGUGUGCGUUUGCUACCAGGGCUACACGUUCGCCAACGGCAAGUGUGAAGACAUCGACGAGUGCGCGCGCGAAUCCCCUGGCCCAUGCCACGAAACGGCACUGUGCGAGAAUUUGCCGGGCAAUUAUCUGUGCUCCUGUCCGACCGGACUGGUGGGCGACCCGGUGACUGCCGGCUGCAAGCGGGCCGAUGAAUGUCUGUCGAGCGAAGACUGCCCGAGCGGUGCAGUGUGUGUGGACGCCCAUUGCCAAAACCCGUGUGCCGAGGCGAAUGUGUGCGGCGAGAACGCACUGUGCACGGUGGUCGGCGAGCGGGCCCAGUGUGAGUGUCCCCCAGCGACCCGGGGCAAUCCCAAGGUAGCCUGCAAGCGGCUCGAGUGUACCACGGCGGACGAGUGUACGGCGGAUCGAACGUGCAUUGGCAAUCGCUGCAUCGAUCCGUGCUCGCUCAAGAGUGCGUGCGGCAGCAGUGCGAACUGCGUGUCGAAAAACCAUCUGGCCGUGUGCUCCUGUCAGCCGGGCACGACUGGCAAUCCGCUGCUGGGAUGUGUGCCGCUGCAGUACUGCAACGACGACCCGCAGUGCCCGACCGGCACGAAGUGUAGCGCUGGGGUGUGCUGCUCGCUGUGCGGCACCAACCGCGACUGUCUGGACGAUCAGCUGUGCAUACAGGGCGUGUGCCAGCCGACCUGUCGCUCCAACACCACCUGUCCUGACUUCCAGUACUGCCACAACGGCAUCUGCACGAAGGAGUUCAAAUGCCGGGCGGACGACGAUUGCGGCGCGGACGAGAUGUGCAUUACGGACGCGAACGGACGGUCGGAGUGUCGCAAUGCGUGCAACAGUGGGCGCGUCCUGUGCGGCCGCAAUGCCGACUGCAGCGCACGCAACCAUGUGGCGGAGUGCGAGUGCAAGCAGGGCUUCUACCGGGAUGCGGGCGGCAUCUGCCGCAAGGUGGAGUGCGAGCGCGAUGACGACUGCUCCUCGGACAAGGUGUGCGAGAACCACGCAUGCAAGAUCGCCUGCCUGACGGGUGAGGCGCCCUGCGGCGCCAAUGCGCUCUGUUCGGCCGAAAACCACCGCCAGGUGUGCUACUGUCAGCCGGGCUUCACCGGCGACCCGAAGCGGGGCUGCUCGCUGAUCGACUUCUGCAAGGAGCGACCGUGCGCACCGAACGCCAAGUGUCGCAACAGCCGAGGCUCGUACCGGUGCUCGUGCCCGGCCGGGCUGGUGGGGGAUCCGUACCAGGGCGGCUGCAAGCGUGCGGCCGAAUGCGAGCGGAACAGUGACUGCCCGGAGGUGGCCGAGUGUGUGCAAGAGAACGGUGAAUCGAAGUGUCGCGAUGUUUGUGCCGGUGUUCAGUGUGGCCCGAACGCGGAGUGUGCCGCCCGGAAGCAUAAUGCGGAGUGCAAGUGCCGGCCGCGGUUCGAGGGCGAUCCGAAGGAUCUGACCAAUGGCUGCAAGCCGAAACCGAUGUCUUGCAAGCGCAAUAAUGACUGUCCGGAGAACUCAUACUGUCACGGGCAGAUCUGCAAACCGGCCUGCUCUGAAACGGACGAAUGUAACCAGGACGAGGUUUGCUCGAACGGGCAGUGCGUUAACCCGUGCCACGAGGUGAACGCCUGCGGUAUGAAUGCCGAGUGUUUGAUGGGAGCGCAUGCAAAGCAGUGCUCGUGUCCGGCAGGCUUCACCGGCGACGCAGCCGUCGAGUGUGUGCGAGUUCCGAUAUCGUGCGCGUCCAAUACGGACUGUACGGAUGGCAGCAUCUGCAAGGAGUCGAUGUGUUUGCCACGAUGCAGAAACGAUCAGGAGUGUGCACUGAACGAGAAAUGUCUGCAGGGUAGCUGUAUGCUGACGUGUCGUUUGGAUAACGAUUGCUUCCUGGGACACAUAUGUCUGGCGGGGCGAUGCGUUUACGGCUGUCACGCCGACAGUGACUGCAGUGCUAGCGAAACCUGCCGCGACAAUCGAUGCGUCAACCCGUGCCAGGAAAACCCUUGCGGACCGAAUGCCGCAUGCACUGUGGUGAACCAUCGGGCCAGCUGCUCCUGCUUCAGUGGCAUGGUGCCCAGCCCGACCGCAAAGGUAGGCUGCGUGCGAGCUCCGGCCCUACAGUGUUCGGAGAAUCGCGACUGUGCCGACGGUACGUCCUGCAUCGACCGGCUUUGCCGGCCAGUGUGUGCGAACGAUCAAAGCUGCCUGAACAACGAACGCUGCGAUGGCGGUUCGUGCAAGCCGAUCUGCCGCAAGGAUGACGAUUGCCGUACGGGGGAGAUCUGCCAAGGUCAAACGUGUAUGAUCGGUUGCCGAUCGGACGGCGGAUGUGCGGACCAUUUGACGUGCAGCGGGCAGCAGUGCGUCGAUCCAUGCCAGGAGCCGACGGCCUGUGGCACGAACGCCGAGUGUGUGGUCGUGGGACACAGGAAGCAGUGCAGCUGCCCGGCCGGUUUGGUGGGCGAUCCGUUCAGCUUGGGCUGCCGGCAGGAGACGCGCCUCUGUCAGGCGCGCACCGACUGUCCGAAGGGGCAGGCAUGCUACGGCGGUACCUGCAUGCAGACGUGCCGUAACGAUCAGAACUGUUUGGCCGACGAGCGGUGCGUUCGGGGAACGUGCCGAACUGUGUGCAACAGCGAUGCGGCCUGUGGCGAUGGAUUGAUCUGCGAGGGACGCAUCUGUCAGGCAGGGUGUCGAUCGGACAACCAGUGCAGCAACACGCAGGCCUGCAUCAACAAGAAGUGUACGGAUCCGUGCGCAACGCUCGGCCAGUGUGGCUCGUGCUCGGAGUGCAAGGUCAUCGAUCACGGUGUGCAGUGUAGCUGCCCGCAGGGAUACCUGGGCAAUCCGCUGCUGUCGUGCAGUCCGCCGGCAGAAAAGUGCAACGCGCAAUGUACCUGCGACGAGGACGGUAUGUACUGCGUGAAGGCCUGCCGCCAGCAGAAGGACUGCGGAUGUGGACAAACCUGCCACCGGGGCAAGUGCCGCAGCAAAUGCAACCCGGGCAACUGCCCGGCGGGACUACUCUGUCAGAAUGGGGCCUGUGUGGCGGGCUGUCGAACGAACGCCGACUGCCCCAGCGAGCGGUCCUGCACCAACGGCAAGUGUGUGGAUCCGUGUGCCGGUGGUAGAGCGUGCGGCAAGAAUGCGCUCUGCCAGGUGUCGGACCAUCGUUCGCUUUGCCUGUGCCCCGACGGUUUCCAGGGUGAUCCGUCGGUAGGCUGUGAGCAGUACGAAUGCCAAACCAACGACGACUGCGAGCUGGACAAGAAGUGCGCGAGCGGAAAGUGCAUCAAUCCGUGCCUGAGCCCGGGUGCGUGCGGUCUGAACGCGCAGUGUCGCGUUGUGAACCGGCAGGCGCAGUGCAGCUGCACUCCCGGCUUCUUCGGCAAUGCGCGUCACGAGUGCCAGCCGGUGCAGAAGAACGGCUGUGCUCAGAAUCCCUGCGGCGAGAAUACCAUUUGCCGGGAGGAUGAGAAUGGCUACGAGUGCUCCUGUCAGCCGGGUUGCGUGGGUGAUCCGCGACAGGGCUGUCUGUGCGAGGAAAAGCUCAAGAAGGACGAUUGCGAGCAGUACGCCUGUGGUACGAAUGCGGUCUGCCGCAUGACCGAAUGGGGCGCACCGUCGUGCGUCUGUUUGCCAACGCAUCCGCACGGUGACCCGUACAUGUCGUGCACUCAUGAUGAUACCGCGACCGACUGUCGAACGACUGGCUGUGCGGAAGGAGAGUGUGUUCGUGAUGGUGCCAAGUUCAUCUGCCGCAAAGACGAAUCCUGUGCGAACGAUUUACAAUGCGCCAAUGAUAAGGCUUGCAUAGGAGGCAAAUGUUCCGAUCCGUGCUCGCUGCGAGGCGCAUGCGGUGACAAUGCACUCUGUCAGACGGUACUGCACAGACCAAGAUGCUCAUGCCCGAACUGCUACAUCGGACGACCGAACGUCGAAUGCAAACCGGAUCCCAAAUGCGAAGAAGUGACCACCCCAAGACCGAAUGACCCGAAGAUUGUUUCGGUGGCAUGCGAGACAAACGGCGACUGCCAUGAAAGCCUGCGCUGCGACGCCAGCGGGCAGUGCAGCGAUCCGUGCACGGUACCGGCACCGUUCGUAUGCGACUCCAACAAGAAAUGUGUCUCGCGCCGUCAUCGGCCCAGUUGCGUCUGUGCGCACGGUUUCAUCGUGAAUGACAGUGGCGAGCUGGUGUGCGCUCCGGAAAAGCGUGAAUGCUUCGGCGACGAUGGUUGCGCCUCGAACAUGGCCUGCCUCGAUGGCCGUUGCGUAAAUCCGUGCUUUGCCAACGGUAGGCGCAGUGCGCCCUGCCCGGACGACAAGGCUUGCGUGGUGGUGGACCACAGGCCGACAUGCGUAUGCAUGAAGGACUGCAGUCCAUCACUGUCGAUUUGCUUACGCGACAGCGGUUGUCCGGACGAGUUGGCCUGCCGAAAUUAUCAGUGCGUCAAUCCGUGCGAGACGACCACUUGUGCCGAAGACACACCAUGCUAUGUCGAAGAUCACAAACCAAUCUGUAAAUUCUGCCCGCCCGGCUUCGUUAAAGAUGUACGACAUGGAUGUUUGAAAGCGAUUGAAAAAGAUAAAAAUGAAGGAGAAAAAACUCAUGAAAAGCAGGGUAUCAACUGUUCGGUGCACUCCGACUGCGGCGAUAAAUUACACUGUUUAGUCGGCCUUUGCGUUGAUCCUUGUAGGUCUGGUUGUGGUGAACGGGCGCUUUGCACAGUGAAAGCACAUCUUCCCAUUUGUUCCUGUCCUUUCGGUUACACCGGCAACCCAUCCGAACGGUGUUUACCAUUGGACGGCAUUAAGAGUAACACUUCUGUCACGCUGAUGCCUGAAGGUAUGACUGAAUAUCCUGAGGUGUACUAUGAUGGACACAAAAUUGAUCGAUCAGAUGAGUUUACCACAGCUGAAACCAUAGUGGAUACAACUACCACCUUCAUGGAUGGACCAAUUACACUAAGCACUACAGCACACGAAGAAGAUUUGAUUUCUAUGAAUCAAACCAUGGAUGUAAAUAACAUUAGCACGUCAACUGCAAGAGAUGAAAGCAUAGGCGAUGCGAGCACAACUGUACUCGAUUCCAUUUCAACCGUUAUUCCAAAUACUGAAACUGAUGAUACUCGAACCACAUUGGAACCAUUUACUUCUAUUGGCACAACAGAAGCUGGUGAUUUCAUAUCAGAGACAACAAUUGAAGAGAUUAUAUCCACGACUAAUGUUCCGAUGAAAACGACCAAUGCAACGGUAAAGCCAAAUAGUCACUCAGAUACACUCACAAAACAAGAUCGCAAAUCCACUGAUUUGGAAGAGACUGAUCAACUGCCAACUGUAACCACACCAAUUGAUGAUUAUUUUGUAGAGUUAUCCUCUACCUCUAAGCAUUACGAAUUCAUGCAAAACAGUGAGGCUACCGUUACGCCAUUGGGAAAGAAAACCAGCACUACAAGCAUGACUACUACUAGCACUGCUGCAUCUGCAACGGAUAUUAAUACCACCACUGAACAGUAUUUAUUGGACGAUCGCAGCAUACCGCUUUCAACAUCCGAAUAUGACGGAGACGAUUACAUAGAUGAAGAGAGCACGUCAACAGCAUCGACGAUAGAAACGACUUUAGCAGCGAAAACGACCUACGAGUCCUAUCCUACGGGAACAACGGCGGAACCGAUCAUUGAAAUCAUUCAGUGCCGUGCCGAAAACGAUUGCAAUGCAAACGAAACCUGUGCUGGUAACAUCUGCAUCGAUCCAUGUGCUCAAUUUAAUCCCUGCCCUCAGGAUGUUCCUUGUCAAACCUUGAAUCAUGUCCCAAUGUGCUUGUGCAAUAGCGAUACCAAUACCGGGUACAGCGUUGAUUGUAUGAAAAAAUCAGAACUGGGAUGUAGGCAUAGCAACGAGUGUCCUUUGGAAAGAUCAUGCAUCAACGGAAUUUGUGUUGAUCCAUGUCGAUCGGGCAAUCCUUGCGAUAUUGGCGAAGAAUGCGAAGUUCAAAAUCACGAAACAGUUUGUGUGAAACUAUGCCAAUGUGAAAAAGCAUCAGACUGUGCAGGAGGAUUGAUAUGUGAUGGCUGUAACUGUGUUCAAAAAGAUACCGAUAGAACAACUGGUUGUGAGCAUUGCCCACCGGGCAUUCCUUGUGAUCCAAUCACUGGCGGUUGCGUCAAGGAACCCCCAGGAUCUCCAAAAACACCAGAGCCUUGCCAAUCUGAUAACGACUGUCUGAAUAACGAAGCGUGCUACAUGGGCUUGUGCGAAAACCCUUGCUUAUUUGACGGCGUUUGUGCAGAAACCGCUACGUGCCAGGCUAAAAUGCAUCGUCCCAUUUGCACAUGUCCACCUGGACACGAGGGUAACCCGACUAUCAAGUGCACCGUGCUGGAGUCAAUACAAUGCACCACAAACGAUGAAUGUUCACUUACGGAAGCCUGUGUUGGAAACGUGUGUCAAAGACCGUGCGAUGUAAAGAACACUUGCACGGCGAAUGCAGUUUGCAUCAAUACCAAUCACGGUACUGAUUGCAGUUGCAUCGACGGAUAUCAUGGAAACGGUUUUGUACAAUGCGUACCAGUAACGACUGUAGGUUCAGUGUGCCAGUACAACGAAGAUUGUCCGCCCGAUAAGCUUUGCGAUCGGUUGAAUCGCAUCUGCAUCAAUCCUUGCCAAGCCGACUCUUGCGGCGACAAUGCAGAGUGUUUUGCAGUGAAUCAUGGAAUUGAUUGCCGCUGUCGGGCAGGGUACGUUGGUAAUGCUUACAUUGAGUGUACACAGCACCAAGGGUGUCUCUCGGAUCGGCAGUGCAACGACAAUGAAGCUUGUAUCCAGGGCCGCUGCUCAUCACCUUGCCAGUGUGGACCGAAUGCUAUGUGCGAUGUGAAACGGCAUAAAGCCGUGUGCCGUUGCCCACCGGGAUACGGUGGUAAUGCGCGUACUGGAUGCAAUCCGCCAAGCAAUCCGUGUGAACCAAACCCAUGCGGAAUCAAUGCAAUGUGUGAAAUCGACAAUGGCAGCCCGGUGUGUUUCUGUCCGCGCGGAUUAACUGGAAAUCCAUUCAAGAAUUGCAUUCCUGAAGGAAAUGAGUGCACACCAAAUCCAUGCGGACCCAACUCGGGAUGUCGCAAAAUCAACGGUAAACCAACAUGCUUCUGCCUGCCCGAGUUUGAAGGAAAUCCACCCCAAACGCCAUGUACGUUGCCACAAAACCCGUGUGUCCCGUCACCGUGCGGGCCCAACACUCAGUGCACAAUACUGAGCAAUGGGUAUGCAAAAUGCACAUGUGUGCCAGGGUACAUUGAAAGUCCCAACACGAUCCGUGGCUGUGUGGAACCGUCAAGCCCGUGCGAUCCGAAUCCCUGCGGCUUUGGAGCGAUCUGCGACGCAACGCGCAAUCCCGUAUGCUACUGUCCAGAUUCGAUGAUAGGCAAUCCCUACCGUAGCUGCCUCGAGCCAGUUAUGACACCGGAGCUGUGUCAACCGGGACCAUGCGGUGCGAAUGCGGAUUGCUAUGUGGCAGAAGGCAGGGAGCAGUGUUACUGCAAGCCAAACUUUAUCGGUGAUCCGUAUGGAGGAUGCGUUGAGCAGCCACGGUCUGUAUGCGAACCGAAUCCCUGCGGUCCGGGAGCCGAGUGUGUGCUGCUGGUAGAUGGGGCACCGGGAUGCCGAUGCCCACCAGGGCUGAGCGGCGAUCCGACGACAACGGGAUGCCAUGCGUUUGAAUGCUUGAGCGAUGAUCAGUGUGCUGCGGACAAGGCUUGCAUCGGACUGCGAUGUGCUGAUCCGUGUCCGGGAUCGUGUGGCGCGGGAGCGCAUUGUCGUGUCGAGAAACAUCAUCCAGUGUGCUUCUGUGACGCUGGUUUAACAGGCAAUCCUGCCGUACAGUGCUACAGCUUAGAUGAACGGCCUCGCGAUGCUUGCAACCCCAGCCCGUGCGGUACCAAUGCUCGUUGUAGCGUGAGGAACAAACGGCCAGUGUGCAAGUGCCUAACGAACUACCACGGAGAUCCGCGUAAAGGUUGCAAGCCUGAGUGUGACAUCAAUUCUGACUGCACACCGGACAAGUCUUGCGUCAACCAUAAGUGUGUAUCGCCGUGUGCAUUGGGUACGGUGUGCGGCGUGAACGCGGAAUGUAGUGUUAAUUAUCACACACCGAUGUGUAAGUGUCCUUCGGGAUAUACGGGCGAUGCGUUCGUGCAGUGCGUGCCGAUACCGGAGGAUCGCAACAUGACCAGACAACCGUGCUCGUCGGAUCCGUGCGGUCCGGGAGAGGUUUGUUCAAUAUAUGGUAACGAUGUCGCUCUGUGCGAUCCGUGCGUAGCUCCGGAUGCAAUACAUAAUCCCAGAUGCCGACCUCAGUGUGUGCUGAACACGGAUUGUCCGUUCAAUAUGGCAUGCCUGCAGUCGGAAUGUCGAGAUCCCUGCCCGGGAUCGUGUGGAUACAACGCACUGUGCACCGUCGAGCGUCACCGACCAGUAUGCUACUGUCCGCCGGAGAUGUAUGGAAACCCUUACGAACAGUGUAAGCCACAGGAGAGUCCACGGGAAACGUGCGCUAGUAUCCGUUGUGGAGCAAACACGCAAUGCAAACAGCAGAAUGGCGUCUUGGCUUGCGUAUGUAAAAAGAACUACUACGGAGAUCCUUUGAUAGGCUGCCGACCAGAAUGCGUUGUUAACACGGAUUGUCCGAUCAGUAAGGCGUGCGUAAAUUCACGCUGCGUCGAUCCGUGCGUAGAUGCGUGCGGUGUGAGCGCGCAGUGCAAAGUGGUUAAUCAUUUACCGAUUUGCUUCUGUCCGCCCACCCACACCGGUGAUGCGCUGGUUGCAUGCACGGAACGAACGUACCUUCCUCCGGACAAUACACCGUGCGACCCGAACCCCUGCGGACCGAACAGUAAAUGCCGUACUACACCUGAUGGGUACGCCAUUUGCUCGUGCUUACCGGGGUAUCGUGGAGUGCCGCCCGCCUGCCAGGCCGAAUGUAUGAUCAAUGCAGAGUGUCCGCAGAACAAGGCGUGCAUCAAUCUAAAGUGUGCCGACCCAUGUCCGGGUACGUGCGGCGUCGGUGCACGCUGCGAAGUGUUGAAUCACAAUCCGAUCUGCAGCUGUGGAGCCAACCAGCAGGGAGAUCCGUUUGUGAUCUGCGAAGCACGACAAAACGAACCACCAGUGGAGCAGAAGAAUCCCUGCGAUCCAUCGCCCUGCGGACCGAACUCAAUUUGUCAGGUACGCGGCCGAAGGCCGGUGUGUUCGUGUCAGCCGAACUUUAUCGGUUCUCCGCCGGCCUGCCGCCCGGAGUGUGUACUAAGCUCCGAAUGUCCCCAGGACAAAGCUUGCAUUAACGAGAAGUGUCAAAAUCCGUGCGCUAACGCGUGUGGCGCUAAUGCUGACUGUCACAUCGUGGCACAUUCUGCGUUCUGUAGCUGCCGUGCUGGAUUUGAAGGAGAUGCUUUCAUUGGAUGUUCCGCAGUGCCGAAGGACACACCAAAGGAUGUGUGCUAUCCGAACCCGUGUGCAGAAAAUGCGGUAUGUAGUGAGCACAAUGGCGCCGCCAAGUGUACCUGCAUCACGCCGUACCUGGGAGAUCCGUACAAUACGGGAUGUCGACCGGAGUGCGUACUGAACUCGGACUGUCCCAGCCACACGGCGUGCGUCAAUCAACACUGCCGCGAUCCGUGCCCGGGCGUGUGCGGUACGAAUGCGGACUGUACCGUGGCCAAUCACAUACCGGUGUGCGAAUGCAGUCGGGGAUACGUGGGUGAUCCGUUCCGUGGCUGUCGUCGAGAAGUACCACCACCAGUGGCACCGAAAGAUCCGUGUGCGUCCUGUCCAUCGAACAGCGUAUGUCGAGUAGUAGGAGGCCGACCAACAUGUUCCUGUCCGGAGGGAUACCGCGGAACACCGCCAGCUUGCAGGCCGGAAUGCUCAAGCAGUGAGGAAUGUCCGCACGACCGCAGCUGUAUUAAUCUGAAGUGUGCCGAUCCGUGCCCUGGGCUGUGCGGUAUAAACGCGCAAUGCCAAGUGAUCAAUCACAAACCAUUUUGCAGUUGUCAGCGUGACAUGAUUGGUAAUCCGUUCGAGCAGUGUUAUCCGAAACCGGCGGAACCAGUGCAUCCAUGUCAGCCAAGCCCGUGUGGCGCGUACUCGGAAUGCCGUGAGAUUGACAAUCGUGCAGUGUGUACGUGUGCUGCUGGUAUGCUCGGAACACCGCCGAACUGCAGACCGGAGUGCGAAACAGAUCAAGACUGUCCGUCGAAUCGAGCGUGCUUCAAUCAGAAGUGCCGCGAUCCCUGUGUGGGCUCCUGUGGAUACAAUGCGCAGUGCAGCACCCGUAACCAUCGACCCGAGUGUUAUUGUGUUGAUGGGUUCGAAGGGGAUCCGUACAGUGGUUGCAAUCCAGUCGCUAUUAAACGGGACGAAAUAAUUGACCCAUGCAAUCCGUCCCCUUGCGGUUCGAACGCGAUCUGCAAGGAUCGAAACGGUGCUGGUUCUUGUAAAUGCAUGCCCAAUUAUUUCGGUGAUCCAUACGUCAACUGCCGACCGGAAUGUGUUCAAAGUUCGGAAUGUCCGUCUACCAAGGCAUGCGUCAACAUGCGCUGCAUUGACCCAUGCCUUGGCACGUGCGGGCUUAACAGUGAAUGUCGUGUACAUAACCAUUCGCCGUACUGUAGCUGUAGUCCUGGUUAUACGGGCAAUCCAUCACAGGCUUGCCGUCCUAUCGUGGUAGAAAAUCUCCCUGCCCGUCAUCCGAUAGACCCCUGUUCACCAUCUCCAUGUGGUCCGUACAGCAUAUGUAGGGUGCUGGACGGUCAUCCGGUUUGCUCAUGCCAAAUCAGUUGUUCAGGCGUUCCACCCAAUUGUCGUCCAGAAUGUCUCAUAAACGCAGAGUGCCCUCGCGACAGAACUUGUAUCAAUCAACGAUGCAUCGAUCCGUGCCCGGGUACGUGCGGAAUGAACGCGCGAUGCCGCGUGGUAAAUCACAAUCCAAUUUGCAGCUGUAACGCUGGAUUUAUCGGUGAUCCAUUUGUGCAGUGCUCACCGGAGCCAACACAACCGAUAUUGGAGGAAGAGUACAGGAAUCCGUGUCAACCGUCACCGUGUGGAGUGAACUCCGUGUGCAAAGUACACAACAAUCGAGCUGUGUGCUCGUGUCUGCCCAACUACGUGGGACGUCCGCCAAGCUGUAGACCCGAAUGUGCGGUAGACUCGGAAUGUCCCAUGAAUUUGGCUUGCAUUAAUGAAAAGUGCCGCAAUCCUUGUCUUGGAUCGUGUGGAGUUAAUACCGAAUGCGCUGUAGUAGCUCACAAACCUUUGUGCAGUUGCACACCAGGCUACAGUGGAGAUCCUUUUGCUGGAUGCAGCAUUAUUCCGAUCGUACAACAAGAAACUCCUAUGCCAUGUAAUCCGAGCCCAUGCGGAGCAAAUGCUAUCUGCAAGGAGCGCAAUGGUGCGGGAUCAUGCACUUGUGCGCCGGAAUAUUUCGGCGAUCCAUACGUUGGGUGUCGCCCUGAGUGUGUAAUGAACAGCGACUGUCCUAGAACACGAGCAUGUAUAAAUAACAAAUGUCAAGAUCCGUGCCCAGGAACGUGCGGAGUAAAUGCCGAGUGUCAUGUUGUGAAUCACGCUCCAAGUUGCGUUUGCUUGACAGGAUUUAUAGGGAACCCGUUCACGGAGUGUAGACCUCAGCCGGAAAUUCGAGAUGAGCCUGUAGUGCAACCAUGUCAACCGUCACCAUGCGGCCCGAACAGCGUGUGUCGCGUGCUGAACAAUCAUGCCGUAUGCACAUGCAAGCAGAAUUAUAUUGGUUCACCACCCAACUGUCGUCCAGAGUGUGUGGUCAGCUCGGAGUGUCCGCUAGACAAAUCAUGCGUUAAGACCAAGUGUGUGGAUCCUUGUCCAGGCACAUGCGGUUUCAAUGCACGAUGCCAAGUAGUGAACCACAAUCCUAUCUGCAGCUGCAAGGCUGGCUUUACAGGAGAUCCAUUCGUACGGUGUAUACCGGAAGAACGUCGUCCUGUCGUACAGGAAACCCCUACCGAUCCUUGCAUUCCGUCUCCCUGUGGACCAAAUUCUCAAUGCAAGGCUGUUGGUCAUACGGCGGCCUGUUCUUGUCUGCCAAAUUAUAUCGGACGCGCACCGAACUGUCGCCCCGAGUGUACUUCCAACUCUCAGUGUACGCCGAUGAAGGCGUGCAUCAAUGAACGCUGUGGUGACCCUUGUCCUGGAUCUUGUGGCUCGAAUGCACUCUGCACAGUCCAAAACCAUCAGCCCAACUGUCGUUGCAUUGAAGGAUACGAAGGCGAUCCAUAUACCUCGUGUAGCCCUGUAAUAAUACACCGUGAACCAGAAAUAGUAGAUCCCUGCAAUCCAUCCCCGUGUGGCAUAAACGCGGAAUGUAAUGUACGCAACAACGCAGGUUCCUGCACUUGUGUGAAGGAUUACUACGGUGAUCCGUAUCACGAGUGCCGGCCUGAGUGUAUGCUCAGCUCGGACUGUCCGAAUACUCGGGCAUGUUUGAACAACAAAUGCGUCGAUCCGUGCCCGGGCAUGUGUGGUCUGAACGCGGAAUGCUUCGUCAUGAACCAUUCGCCUUCUUGCUCUUGCCUGCCGGGCUACACUGGAAACCCAUCACAAGCAUGUCGCGAGAUACCGAAACAAAUCGAACACACUCCUAUCGAUCCAUGUCGUCCGUCGCCCUGUGGCCCGUACAGCCAGUGCCGCAAUGUGAACGAACAUGCCGUCUGUUCGUGUCAGGCCAAUUACAUUGGUUCGCCACCGGCUUGCCGUCCAGAAUGUACUGUUAGCUCUGAAUGUGCAAUGGAUAAGGCUUGUAUCAAGCAGUCGUGCUUGGAUCCGUGUCCUGGUACGUGCGGUUUUAACGCUCGUUGUACGGUAAUCAAUCACAAUCCGAUCUGUAGCUGUCCCUCCGGCUUUACCGGCGAUCCAUUCGAACGAUGUGUGCCAGAAGAAAAACAAGUGGUUCAAGCUGAACCUACGAACCCCUGCCUUCCAUCGCCGUGCGGACCAAAUUCACAGUGCCGAGCUGUCGGAAACGUGCCGGCUUGCUCGUGCUUGCCCAACUAUGUUGGUCGAGCUCCGAACUGCCGGCCCGAAUGUACGAUCAAUGCGGAAUGCUCUGGUAAUCUUGCCUGCGUCAAUGAAAAGUGCGCCGACCCAUGCCCGGGAUCGUGCGGCCCUUAUGCUGUUUGUCGCGUGAUUGAACAUUCGCCUUCCUGCUCCUGCCAAACCGGAUAUACGGGAGAUCCUUUCUCCGGCUGUACAGUCAUUCCUUUAACACCUGUUCGCGAAGAAUCUAGAAACCCAUGCAACCCUUCGCCCUGUGGAUCGAACGCGGUAUGCAAGGAACGGAACGGUGCAGGAUCAUGUACAUGUCUGCCGGAUUACUUUGGCGAUCCGUACAGUGGCUGUCGACCGGAGUGUGUUACCAACAGCGACUGCCCACGUGUGAGGGCAUGCGUGAAUAAUAAGUGCGCUGACCCUUGCCCGGGUGUUUGCGGUAUUGACGCAGAAUGUUAUGUAGUCAAUCACUCGCCAAGUUGUGCUUGCCGACCAGGCUAUACCGGUGAUCCGUUCACGCAAUGUCGUCCACCAGAGCAACCUAAACAAAAUGAACCGAUCAAUCCAUGCACUCCGUCUCCAUGUGGUCCUAAUAGUAUCUGCCGCGAAUCGAAUGGGCAUGCCGUUUGCACGUGCCAGGCCAGUUUUAUCGGAACGCCACCAAACUGCCGACCGGAAUGUAUCGUCAGCUCGGAGUGCGCUCUUGAUAAAGCUUGCAUUGGCCAAAAGUGUAACGAUCCAUGUCCUGGUACUUGCGGCCAGAAUGCACGUUGCCAAGUGGUUAAUCAUAACCCAAUCUGUAGCUGUUCACUUGGCUUCACCGGAGAUCCGUUUGUUCGAUGCGUACCAGUUGAAAAAGCUCCGGUCGUACAAGAUCCCGUAGAUCCAUGCGUUCCAUCACCUUGUGGGCCAAACUCCGUCUGCCGAGCUAUUGGGUCGACACCUGCAUGUUCUUGUUUGCCAAACUACAUCGGCCGAGCGCCAAACUGCCGUCCAGAGUGCAUGCUCAAUGCCGAAUGUCCAGCCACGUUGGCAUGUGUAAACGAACGAUGUACUAACCCUUGUGUAGGAUCUUGUGGUAUUAACGCACGGUGUACAGUAGUGAAACACAAUCCGAUCUGCGAGUGUGAGGCUGGAUUUACCGGAGAUCCGUUCUCUGUCUGUACAGAAAUUAUUCCCAUACGUGACGUGGAACCGGUCAAUCCAUGCAAUCCAUCGCCGUGCGGUGCCAAUGCAGUAUGUAAAGAAAGAAAUGGAGCCGGAUCGUGUACUUGUAUGCCAGAAUAUUUCGGUGACCCAUACACAGGAUGCCGUCCGGAAUGUGUACAGAACACAGACUGCGAAAAGUCGAAGGCAUGCAUGAACAACAAAUGCCGCGAUCCGUGUCCAGGUGUUUGCGGAUUGAAUGCUGAAUGUGUCGUUCAAAACCACAGUCCCGUGUGCUUCUGCUUAGAAGGAUACACAGGUGAUCCGGCCAGUACCUGUACUUUGGCCGAGAUUGUAACCGAGCGUCCUAAGACUCCUGGAUGCCAACCAUCACCGUGCGGACCGAACAGUCAAUGUCGAGAAAUCAAUGGACAUCCAGUGUGCUCCUGCUUGGCGGGUUACAUUGGAACGCCACCGAUGUGUCGUCCGGAAUGCGUCGUCAGUUCGGAGUGUAGUCAGGAUCGCGCCUGCGUAAACAAGAAAUGUGUAGAUCCAUGUCCAGGAACGUGUGGUGCCGAGGCACGGUGUCAAGUUGUUAAUCACAAUCCAAUAUGUAGCUGCCCUCCCGGGUUUACUGGAGAUCCAUUCGUGCAGUGCGCAAAGAAAGAAGAACAGAAGGACAUUACACCUGUAAAUCCUUGUGUGCCUUCGCCAUGCGGGCCUAAUUCAAACUGUCGAACUGUUGGCAGUCAGCCUGCCUGUUCAUGCGCCGCCAACUAUAUUGGACGACCGCCGAACUGUCGACCGGAGUGCACCAGGGACGCCGAAUGUCCAAGUAAUUUGGCAUGUCAGAACGAAAAAUGCGUGGAUCCUUGCGCGGCUGGUUGUGGAUUGAAUGCAGUUUGCCGAGUCAUCAACCAUAAGCCAGUUUGUACAUGUGACGAAGGUUUCGAAGGAAAUCCGCUAGAACAAUGUAGUCGCAUUCUGCCGCCUACAACAGAGAGGCUAACACCUUGUACUCCUUCACCAUGUGGACCUAACGCUGAAUGCCGCGAACGGAACAAUGCUGGAGCAUGUUAUUGUUUAACGGGCUAUGAAGGCAAUCCAUAUGAUGUCUUUUCGGGUUGUCGUCGUGAAUGUGACGUGAAUGCUGAUUGUCCAGACAAACUAGCAUGUGUACAGUAUAAAUGUGUCGAUCCAUGUCCAGGUGUUUGUGGUGCACAAGCAUUGUGUGAAAUUCAAAAUCAUGUACCAACAUGCAUUUGUCCCGAAGGUACAGUCGGAGAUCCUUUCGUACAGUGCAACCUACGGAUGGCAGAUCCGGUUACACCUGCAUCACCUGUGUGUGACAAGUAUACAUGCGGUCCAAAUAGCAUUUGCCGUAUACAAAACGGUGUUGCUGUUUGUAAAUGUCAGCCAGAUAUGGUUGGUAGCCCACCAAACUGUCGACCAGAAUGCCAGCAAAAUAGUGACUGUGAGGCCAACCGGGCUUGCGUUAAUUUGAAGUGCAUAGAUCCAUGCCCCGGUUCGUGCGGACAAAAUGCCAACUGUAACAUCAUCAACCAUAAUCCAAUAUGUAGCUGUGCUCCUGGAUUCACCGGUGAUCCAUUCACUCGAUGUUACAAAGAAAUUGUAACUACCUCAACAACAGAGGCUCCAAGAGCAUUGUGCACACCAUCGCCAUGUGGACCGAAUGCUGAAUGUAAAGUUAUCGGCGACCGAGAGGCAUGUUCCUGUUUACCAGGUUAUAUAGGAGCACCGCCAAGCUGUAGGCCAGAGUGUAUUUUAAGCACAGAAUGUGCUGAUAACCAAGCAUGCAUCAGGCAAAAGUGUGAGGAUCCUUGUCCGGGAUCUUGUGGUCUGAAUGCAAAAUGUUCUGUAUCGCGACAUACGCCAAGCUGCAGUUGUGAUGCUGGAUUUACUGGAGAUCCAUUUACAGGCUGUCAAGCGAUAAUUGAGGAUGUCCCAGUAUUGAACCCUUGUAAUCCUAGCCCAUGCGGAGCCAACGCUCAAUGUAGGGAACAAAACGGUGCUGGAGCAUGCACAUGUAUUGAGGAUCAUUUUGGAAACCCUUACGAAGGAUGCCGUCCAGAGUGUGUGCUCAAUUCGGACUGCCCGUCGAACAGGGCUUGCGUUAGGAACAAAUGUCAAGACCCUUGCCCAGGAACCUGUGGUCAGAAUGCUGACUGCCAGGUCGUCAAUCACCUGCCCUCUUGUACCUGUUUCCCCGGAUACGAAGGAGAUCCGUUCCGAUAUUGUAACAUUCAACAAAGAGAACCGGUUCAAGAGUAUGUCAAUCCUUGCCAACCGAGUCCCUGUGGUCCCAACAGUCAAUGCCGAGAGGUUAACGGACAGGCCGUUUGCUCGUGUCUGCCCACUUAUGUUGGUUCUCCUCCGGGAUGUCGCCCAGAGUGUGUGGUGAGCUCGGAAUGCGCCUUAAAUAAGGCUUGUGUCAACCAGAAGUGCGUUGAUCCGUGCCCUGGAACGUGCGGAACCAAUGCUAGGUGCAACGUCAAUAACCACAGCCCCAUUUGCUCAUGUCAAUCAGGAUUCACUGGUGACCCGUUCACGAGAUGCUACCCCAUACCACCUCCGGUACAAGAUACUCCGAUCGUUGUAAGGAACCCGUGCGUUCCUUCUCCGUGCGGUCCAAACUCACAGUGCCGUGAUGUAAACGGCUCUCCUUCGUGUUCAUGUCUGAUCAACUACAUUGGAUCUCCGCCUAAUUGUCGCCCAGAGUGUACAAUUAACGCGGAAUGUCCAAGCAAUCAGGCGUGCAUGAACGAGAAGUGUCGGGACCCUUGUCCGGGAUCGUGUGGCAUCAAUGCAAGAUGCAAUGUGAUCAACCAUACUCCCAUUUGUACAUGCGAGGAGGGAUACACUGGAGAUCCUUUCACAAGCUGUCGACCCAUGCCACCACCACGUAAGAAACUCUCCCCCAAUCUUUGGCUUCCAGAUCUCUUCAUAACGAAUCCCCUUCAUUCAACAGCGCCUGAGCCCGUCAAUGAUGAUCCGUGCAAUCCUUCGCCCUGCGGGGCUAAUGCGCAAUGCCAGAACGGUAUUUGCACAUGUUUGCCAGAGUACCAGGGCGAUCCGUACCGAGGCUGCAGGCCAGAGUGCGUCUUGAACUCGGAUUGCGCUCGGGAUAGGGCCUGUAUUCGUAGCAAAUGUGUAGAUCCUUGUCCGGGCACGUGCGGUCAAGAUGCACUGUGCGAGGUGAUCAAUCACAUUCCAAUGUGCCGUUGUCCGGAUGGAAUGGCCGGAAAUGCAUUCGUGCAGUGUCGACCACAGCAAGCACCGGUUGUGACGAACCCAUGCAGUCCAUCGCCUUGCGGUCCUAAUAGCCAGUGUCGCGAAAUCAAUGGACAAGCCGUCUGCUCUUGUGUUCCGGGAUACAUUGGAAGCCCUCCGACGUGUCGUCCGGAGUGUGUUGUGAGCGCUGAAUGUCCUCAGAAUCAAGCGUGUACCAACCAGAAAUGUAGGGAUCCAUGCCCUGGAACAUGUGGAGUAGGAGCCAGGUGCUCGGUUGUGAAUCACAAUCCAAUUUGCAGCUGUCCAGAAAGAUACACAGGCGAUCCGUUCGUACGCUGUCAGCCCAUGAUCGAGCCUCCAGUACAAAUGACCCCCAGCAACCCUUGCCAACCGUCUCCUUGCGGACCAAAUGCACAGUGCCGCGCAGUGGGUGAUUCGCCAUCUUGCACUUGCAUAGAGGGUAUGAUAGGCGCACCACCCAAUUGCCGCCCGGAAUGCAUCAGCAACUCCGAUUGCUCAAACAAUUUAGCAUGCAUACGACAAAAGUGUCAAGAUCCUUGUCCUGGCGCGUGUGGAGCCAACGCGGAAUGUAGGGUUGUCAGCCAUACUCCGAUGUGCAUUUGUGCCGUUGGAUAUACUGGCGAUCCUUUCACUCAGUGCGUUCCUUUCCAACAAGAUACGCCCAAGGACCAGACGACGCCUUGCCUCCCCAACCCAUGCGGAGCCAACGCUCAAUGUAGGGAACAAAACGGUGCUGGAGCAUGCACAUGUAUUGAGGAUCAUUUUGGAAACCCUUACGAAGGAUGCCGUCCAGAGUGUGUGCUCAAUUCGGACUGCCCGUCGAACAGGGCUUGCGUUAGGAACAAAUGUCAAGACCCUUGCCCAGGAACCUGUGGUCAGAAUGCUGACUGCCAGGUCGUCAAUCACCUGCCCUCUUGUACCUGUUUCCCCGGAUACGAAGGAGAUCCGUUCCGAUAUUGUAACAUUCAACAAAGAGAACCGGUACAAGAGUAUGUCAAUCCUUGCCAACCGAGUCCCUGUGGUCCCAACAGUCAAUGCCGAGAGGUUAACGGACAGGCCGUUUGCUCGUGUCUGCCCACUUAUGUUGGUUCUCCUCCGGGAUGUCGCCCAGAGUGUGUGGUGAGCUCGGAAUGCGCCUUAAAUAAGGCUUGUGUCAACCAGAAGUGCGUUGAUCCGUGCCCUGGAACGUGCGGAACCAAUGCUAGGUGCAACGUCAAUAACCACAGCCCCAUUUGCUCAUGUCAAUCAGGAUUCACUGGUGACCCGUUCACGAGAUGCUACCCCAUACCACCUCCGGUACAAGAUACUCCGAUCGUUGUAAGGAACCCGUGCGUUCCUUCUCCGUGCGGUCCAAACUCACAGUGCCGUGAUGUAAACGGCUCUCCUUCGUGUUCAUGUCUGAUCAACUACAUUGGAUCUCCGCCUAAUUGUCGCCCAGAGUGUACAAUUAACGCGGAAUGUCCAAGCAAUCAGGCGUGCAUGAACGAGAAGUGUCGGGACCCUUGUCCGGGAUCGUGUGGCAUCAAUGCAAGAUGCAAUGUGAUCAACCAUACUCCCAUUUGUACAUGCGAGGAGGGAUACACUGGAGAUCCUUUCACAAGCUGUCGACCCAUGCCACCACCACGUAAGAAACUCUCCCCCAAUCUUUGGCUUCCAGAUCUCUUCAUAACGAAUCCCCUUCAUUCAACAGCGCCUGAGCCCGUCAAUGAUGAUCCGUGCAAUCCUUCGCCCUGCGGGGCUAAUGCGCAAUGCCAGAACGGUAUUUGCACAUGUUUGCCAGAGUACCAGGGCGAUCCGUACCGAGGCUGCAGGCCAGAGUGUGUCUUGAACUCGGACUGCGCUCGGGAUAGGGCCUGUAUUCGUAGCAAAUGUGUAGAUCCUUGUCCGGGCACGUGCGGUCAAGAUGCACUGUGCGAGGUGAUCAAUCACAUUCCAAUGUGCCGUUGUCCGGAUGGAAUGGCCGGAAAUGCAUUUGUGCAGUGUCGACCACAGCAAGCACCGGUUGUGACGAACCCAUGCAGUCCAUCGCCUUGCGGUCCUAAUAGCCAGUGUCGCGAAAUCAAUGGACAAGCCGUCUGCUCUUGUGUUCCGGGAUACAUUGGAAGCCCUCCGACGUGUCGUCCGGAGUGUGUUGUGAGCGCUGAAUGUCCUCAGAAUCAAGCGUGUACCAACCAGAAAUGUAGGGAUCCAUGCCCUGGAACAUGUGGAGUAGGAGCCAGGUGCUCGGUUGUGAAUCACAAUCCAAUUUGCAGCUGUCCAGAAAGAUACACAGGCGAUCCGUUCGUACGCUGUCAGCCCAUGAUCGAGCCUCCAGUACAAAUGACCCCCAGCAACCCUUGCCAACCGUCUCCUUGCGGACCAAAUGCACAGUGCCGCGCAGUGGGUGAUUCGCCAUCUUGCACUUGCAUAGAGGGUAUGAUAGGCGCACCACCCAAUUGCCGCCCGGAAUGCAUCAGCAACUCCGAUUGCUCAAACAAUUUAGCAUGCAUACGACAAAAGUGUCAAGAUCCUUGUCCUGGCGCGUGUGGUGCCAACGCGGAAUGUAGGGUUGUCAGCCAUACUCCGAUGUGCAUUUGUGCCGUUGGAUAUACUGGCGAUCCUUUCACUCAGUGCGUUCCUUUCCAACAAGAUACGCCCAAGGACCAGACGACGCCUUGCCUCCCCAACCCAUGCGGAGCCAACGCUCAAUGUAGGGAACAAAACGGUGCUGGAGCAUGCACAUGUAUUGAGGAUCAUUUUGGAAACCCUUACGAAGGAUGCCGUCCAGAGUGUGUGCUCAAUUCGGACUGCCCGUCGAACAGGGCUUGCGUUAGGAACAAAUGUCAAGACCCUUGCCCAGGAACCUGUGGUCAGAAUGCUGACUGCCAGGUCGUCAAUCACCUGCCCUCUUGUACCUGUUUCCCCGGAUACGAAGGAGAUCCGUUCCGAUAUUGUAACAUUCAACAAAGAGAACCGGUACAAGAGUAUGUCAAUCCUUGCCAACCGAGUCCCUGUGGUCCCAACAGUCAAUGCCGAGAGGUUAACGGACAGGCCGUUUGCUCGUGUCUGCCCACUUAUGUUGGUUCUCCUCCGGGAUGUCGCCCAGAGUGUGUGGUGAGCUCGGAAUGCGCCUUAAAUACGGCUUGUGUCAACCAGAAGUGCGUUGAUCCGUGCCCUGGAACGUGCGGAACCAAUGCUAGGUGCAACGUCAAUAACCACAGCCCCAUUUGCUCAUGUCAAUCAGGAUUCACUGGCGAUCCAUUUUCGAGAUGCUACCCCAUACCACCUCCGGUACAAGAUACUCCGAUCGUUGUAAGGAACCCGUGCGUUCCUUCUCCGUGCGGUCCAAACUCACAGUGCCGUGAUGUAAACGGCUCUCCUUCGUGUUCAUGUCUGAUCAACUACAUUGGAUCUCCGCCUAAUUGUCGCCCAGAGUGUACAAUUAACGCGGAAUGUCCAAGCAAUCAGGCGUGCAUGAACGAGAAGUGUCGGGACCCUUGUCCGGGAUCGUGUGGCAUCAAUGCAAGAUGCAAUGUGAUCAACCAUACUCCCAUUUGUACAUGCGAGGAGGGAUACACUGGAGAUCCUUUCACAAGCUGUCGACCCAUGCCACCACCACCGCCUGAGCCCGUCAAUGAUGAUCCGUGCAAUCCUUCGCCCUGCGGGGCUAAUGCGCAAUGCCAGAACGGUAUUUGCACAUGUUUGCCAGAGUACCAGGGCGAUCCGUACCGAGGCUGCAGGCCAGAGUGCGUCUUGAACUCGGACUGCGCUCGGGAUAGGGCCUGUAUUCGUAGCAAAUGUGUAGAUCCUUGUCCGGGCACGUGCGGUCAAGAUGCACUGUGCGAGGUGAUCAAUCACAUUCCGAUGUGCCGUUGUCCGGAUGGAAUGGCCGGAAAUGCAUUCGUGCAGUGUCGACCACAGCAAGCACCGGUUGUGACGAACCCAUGCAGUCCAUCGCCUUGCGGUCCUAAUAGCCAGUGUCGCGAAAUCAAUGGACAAGCCGUCUGCUCUUGUGUUCCGGGAUACAUUGGAAGCCCUCCGACGUGUCGUCCGGAGUGUGUUGUGAGCGCUGAAUGUCCUCAGAAUCAAGCGUGUACCAACCAGAAAUGUAGGGAUCCAUGCCCUGGAACAUGUGGAGUAGGAGCCAGGUGCUCGGUUGUGAAUCACAAUCCAAUUUGCAGCUGUCCAGAAAGAUACACAGGCGAUCCGUUCGUACGCUGUCAGCCCAUGAUCGAGCCUCCAGUACAAAUGACCCCCAGCAACCCUUGCCAACCGUCUCCUUGCGGACCAAAUGCACAGUGCCGCGCAGUGGGUGAUUCGCCAUCUUGCACUUGCAUAGAGGGUAUGAUAGGCGCACCACCCAAUUGCCGCCCGGAAUGCAUCAGCAACUCCGAUUGCUCAAACAAUUUAGCAUGCAUACGACAAAAGUGUCAAGAUCCUUGUCCUGGCGCGUGUGGAGCCAACGCGGAAUGUAGGGUUGUCAGCCAUACUCCGAUGUGCAUUUGUGCCGUUGGAUAUACUGGCGAUCCUUUCACUCAGUGCGUUCCUUUCCAACAAGAUACGCCCAAGGACCAGACGACGCCUUGCCUCCCCAACCCAUGCGGAGCCAACGCUCAAUGUAGGGAACAAAACGGUGCUGGAGCAUGCACAUGUAUUGAGGAUCAUUUUGGAAACCCUUACGAAGGAUGCCGUCCAGAGUGUGUGCUCAAUUCGGACUGCCCGUCGAACAGGGCUUGCGUUAGGAACAAAUGUCAAGACCCUUGCCCAGGAACCUGUGGUCAGAAUGCUGACUGCCAGGUCGUCAAUCACCUGCCCUCUUGUACCUGUUUCCCCGGAUACGAAGGAGAUCCGUUCCGAUAUUGUAACAUUCAACAAAGAGAACCGGUACAAGAGUAUGUCAAUCCUUGCCAACCGAGUCCCUGUGGUCCCAACAGUCAAUGUCGAGAGGUUAACGGACAGGCCGUUUGCUCGUGUCUGCCCACUUAUGUUGGUUCUCCUCCGGGAUGUCGCCCAGAGUGUGUGGUGAGCUCGGAAUGCGCCUUAAAUACGGCUUGUGUCAACCAGAAGUGCGUUGAUCCGUGCCCUGGAACGUGCGGAACCAAUGCUAGGUGCAACGUCAAUAACCACAGCCCCAUUUGCUCAUGUCAAUCAGGAUUCACUGGCGAUCCAUUUUCGAGAUGCUACCCCAUACCACCUCCGGUACAAGAUACUCCGAUCGUUGUAAGGAACCCGUGCGUUCCUUCUCCGUGCGGUCCAAACUCACAGUGCCGUGAUGUAAACGGCUCUCCUUCGUGUUCAUGUCUGAUCAACUACAUUGGAUCUCCGCCUAAUUGUCGCCCAGAGUGUACAAUUAACGCGGAAUGUCCAAGCAAUCAGGCGUGCAUGAACGAGAAGUGUCGGGACCCUUGUCCGGGAUCGUGUGGCAUCAAUGCAAGAUGCAAUGUGAUCAACCAUACUCCCAUUUGUACAUGCGAGGAGGGAUACACUGGAGAUCCUUUCACAAGCUGUCGACCCAUGCCACCACCACGUAAGAAACUCUCCCCCAAUCUUUGGCUUCCAGAUCUCUUCAUAACGAAUCCCCUUCAUUCAACAGCGCCUGAGCCCGUCAAUGAUGAUCCGUGCAAUCCUUCGCCCUGCGGGGCUAAUGCGCAAUGCCAGAACGGUAUUUGCACAUGUUUGCCAGAGUACCAGGGCGAUCCGUACCGAGGCUGCAGGCCAGAGUGCGUCUUGAACUCGGACUGCGCUCGGGAUAGGGCCUGUAUUCGUAGCAAAUGUGUAGAUCCUUGUCCGGGCACGUGCGGUCAAGAUGCACUGUGCGAGGUGAUCAAUCACAUUCCGAUGUGCCGUUGUCCGGAUGGAAUGGCCGGAAAUGCAUUCGUGCAGUGUCGACCACAGCAAGCACCGGUUGUGACGAACCCAUGCAGUCCAUCGCCUUGCGGUCCUAAUAGCCAGUGUCGCGAAAUCAAUGGACAAGCCGUCUGCUCUUGUGUUCCGGGAUACAUUGGAAGCCCUCCGACGUGUCGUCCGGAGUGUGUUGUGAGCGCUGAAUGUCCUCAGAAUCAAGCGUGUACCAACCAGAAAUGUAGGGAUCCAUGCCCUGGAACAUGUGGAGUAGGAGCCAGGUGCUCGGUUGUGAAUCACAAUCCAAUUUGCAGCUGUCCAGAAAGAUACACAGGCGAUCCGUUCGUACGCUGUCAGCCCAUGAUCGAGCCUCCAGUACAAAUGACCCCCAGCAACCCUUGCCAACCGUCUCCUUGCGGACCAAAUGCACAGUGCCGCGCAGUGGGUGAUUCGCCAUCUUGCACUUGCAUAGAGGGUAUGAUAGGCGCACCACCCAAUUGCCGCCCGGAAUGCAUCAGCAACUCCGAUUGCUCAAACAAUUUAGCAUGCAUACGACAAAAGUGUCAAGAUCCUUGUCCUGGCGCGUGUGGUGCCAACGCGGAAUGUAGGGUUGUCAGCCAUACUCCGAUGUGCAUUUGUGCCGUUGGAUAUACUGGCGAUCCUUUCACUCAAUGCGUACCUUUCCAACAAGAUACGCCCAAGGACCAGACGACGCCUUGCCUCCCCAACCCAUGCGGAGCCAACGCUCAAUGUAGGGAACAAAACGGUGCUGGAGCAUGCACAUGUAUUGAGGAUCAUUUUGGAAACCCUUACGAAGGAUGCCGUCCAGAGUGUGUGCUCAAUUCGGACUGCCCGUCGAACAGGGCUUGCGUUAGGAACAAAUGUCAAGACCCUUGUCCAGGAACCUGUGGUCAGAAUGCUGACUGCCAGGUCGUCAAUCACCUGCCCUCUUGUACCUGUUUCCCCGGAUACGAAGGAGAUCCGUUCCGAUAUUGUAACAUUCAACAAAGAGAACCGGUACAAGAGUAUGUCAAUCCUUGCCAACCGAGUCCCUGUGGUCCCAACAGUCAAUGCCGAGAGGUUAACGGACAGGCCGUUUGCUCGUGUCUGCCCACUUAUGUUGGUUCUCCUCCGGGAUGUCGCCCAGAGUGUGUGGUGAGCUCGGAAUGCGCCCUGGAUAAGGCUUGUGUCAACCAGAAGUGCGUUGAUCCGUGCCCUGGAACGUGCGGAACCAAUGCUAGGUGUAACGUCAAUAACCACAGCCCCAUUUGCUCAUGUCAAUCAGGAUUCACUGGUGACCCGUUCACGAGAUGCUACCCCAUACCACCUCCGGUACAAGAUACUCCGAUCGUUGUAAGGAACCCGUGCGUUCCUUCUCCGUGCGGUCCAAACUCACAGUGCCGUGAUGUAAACGGCUCUCCUUCGUGUUCAUGUCUGAUCAACUACAUUGGAUCUCCGCCUAAUUGUCGCCCAGAGUGUACAAUUAACGCGGAAUGUCCAAGCAAUCAGGCGUGCAUGAACGAGAAGUGUCGGGACCCUUGUCCGGGAUCGUGUGGCAUCAAUGCAAGAUGCAAUGUGAUCAACCAUACUCCCAUUUGUACAUGCGAGGAGGGAUACACUGGAGAUCCUUUCACAAGCUGUCGACCCAUGCCACCACCACCGCCUGAGCCCGUCAAUGAUGAUCCGUGCAAUCCUUCGCCCUGCGGGGCUAAUGCGCAAUGCCAGAACGGUAUUUGCACAUGUUUGCCAGAGUACCAGGGCGAUCCGUACCGAGGCUGCAGGCCAGAGUGCGUCUUGAACUCGGACUGCGCUCGGGAUAGGGCCUGUAUUCGUAGCAAAUGUGUAGAUCCUUGUCCGGGCACGUGCGGUCAAGAUGCACUGUGCGAGGUGAUCAAUCACAUUCCGAUGUGCCGUUGUCCGGAUGGAAUGGCCGGAAAUGCAUUCGUGCAGUGUCGACCACAGCAAGCACCGGUUGUGACGAACCCAUGCAGUCCAUCGCCUUGCGGUCCUAAUAGCCAGUGUCGCGAAAUCAAUGGACAAGCCGUCUGCUCUUGUGUUCCGGGAUACAUUGGAAGCCCUCCGACGUGUCGUCCGGAGUGUGUUGUGAGCGCUGAAUGUCCUCAGAAUCAAGCGUGUACCAACCAGAAAUGUAGGGAUCCAUGCCCUGGAACAUGUGGAGUAGGAGCCAGGUGCUCGGUUGUGAAUCACAAUCCAAUUUGCAGCUGUCCAGAAAGAUACACAGGCGAUCCGUUCGUACGCUGUCAGCCCAUGAUCGAGCCUCCAGUACAAAUGACCCCCAGCAACCCUUGCCAACCGUCUCCUUGCGGACCAAAUGCACAGUGCCGCGCAGUGGGUGAUUCGCCAUCUUGCACUUGCAUAGAGGGUAUGAUAGGCGCACCACCCAAUUGCCGCCCGGAAUGCAUCAGCAACUCCGAUUGCUCAAACAAUUUAGCAUGCAUACGACAAAAGUGUCAAGAUCCUUGUCCUGGCGCGUGUGGAGCCAACGCGGAAUGUAGGGUUGUCAGCCAUACUCCGAUGUGCAUUUGUGCCGUUGGAUAUACUGGCGAUCCUUUCACUCAAUGCGUACCUUUCCAACAAGAUACGCCCAAGGACCAGACGACGCCUUGCCUCCCCAACCCAUGCGGAGCCAACGCUCAAUGUAGGGAACAAAACGGUGCUGGAGCAUGCACAUGUAUUGAGGAUCAUUUUGGAAACCCUUACGAAGGAUGCCGUCCAGAGUGUGUGCUCAAUUCGGACUGCCCGUCGAACAGGGCUUGCGUUAGGAACAAAUGUCAAGACCCUUGCCCAGGAACCUGUGGUCAGAAUGCUGACUGCCAGGUCGUCAAUCACCUGCCCUCUUGUACCUGUUUCCCCGGAUACGAAGGAGAUCCGUUCCGAUAUUGUAACAUUCAACAAAGAGAACCGGUACAAGAGUAUGUCAAUCCUUGCCAACCGAGUCCCUGUGGUCCCAACAGUCAAUGCCGAGAGGUUAACGGACAGGCCGUUUGCUCGUGUCUGCCCACUUAUGUUGGUUCUCCUCCGGGAUGUCGCCCAGAGUGUGUGGUGAGCUCGGAAUGCGCCUUAAAUACGGCUUGUGUCAACCAGAAGUGCGUUGAUCCGUGCCCUGGAACGUGCGGAACCAAUGCUAGGUGCAACGUCAAUAACCACAGCCCCAUUUGCUCAUGUCAAUCAGGAUUCACUGGCGAUCCAUUUUCGAGAUGCUACCCCAUACCACCUCCGGUACAAGAUACUCCGAUCGUUGUAAGGAACCCGUGCGUUCCUUCUCCGUGCGGUCCAAACUCACAGUGCCGUGAUGUAAACGGCUCUCCUUCGUGUUCAUGUCUGAUCAACUACAUUGGAUCUCCGCCUAAUUGUCGCCCAGAGUGUACAAUUAACGCGGAAUGUCCAAGCAAUCAGGCGUGCAUGAACGAGAAGUGUCGGGACCCUUGUCCGGGAUCGUGUGGCAUCAAUGCAAGAUGCAAUGUGAUCAACCAUACUCCCAUUUGUACAUGCGAGGAGGGAUACACUGGAGAUCCUUUCACAAGCUGUCGACCCAUGCCACCACCACCGCCUGAGCCCGUCAAUGAUGAUCCGUGCAAUCCUUCGCCCUGCGGGGCUAAUGCGCAAUGCCAGAACGGUAUUUGCACAUGUUUGCCAGAGUACCAGGGCGAUCCGUACCGAGGCUGCAGGCCAGAGUGCGUCUUGAACUCGGACUGCGCUCGGGAUAGGGCCUGUAUUCGUAGCAAAUGUGUAGAUCCUUGUCCGGGCACGUGCGGUCAAGAUGCACUGUGCGAGGUGAUCAAUCACAUUCCGAUGUGCCGUUGUCCGGAUGGAAUGGCCGGAAAUGCAUUCGUGCAGUGUCGACCACAGCAAGCACCGGUUGUGACGAACCCAUGCAGUCCAUCGCCUUGCGGUCCUAAUAGCCAGUGUCGCGAAAUCAAUGGACAAGCCGUCUGCUCUUGUGUUCCGGGAUACAUUGGAAGCCCUCCGACGUGUCGUCCGGAGUGUGUUGUGAGCGCUGAAUGUCCUCAGAAUCAAGCGUGUACCAACCAGAAAUGUAGGGAUCCAUGCCCUGGAACAUGUGGAGUAGGAGCCAGGUGCUCGGUUGUGAAUCACAAUCCAUUUUGCAGCUGUCCAGAAAGAUACACAGGCGAUCCGUUUGUACGCUGUCAGCCCAUGAUUGAGCCUCCAGUACAAAUGACCCCCAGCAACCCUUGCCAACCGUCUCCUUGCGGACCAAAUGCACAGUGCCGCGCAGUGGGUGAUUCGCCAUCUUGCACUUGCAUAGAGGGUAUGAUAGGCGCACCACCCAAUUGCCGCCCGGAAUGCAUCAGCAACUCCGAUUGCUCAAACAAUUUAGCAUGCAUACGACAAAAGUGUCAAGAUCCUUGUCCUGGCGCGUGUGGAGCCAACGCGGAAUGUAGGGUUGUCAGCCAUACUCCGAUGUGCAUUUGUGCCGUUGGAUAUACUGGCGAUCCUUUCACUCAGUGCGUACCUUUCCAACAAGAUACGCCCAAGGACCAGACGACGCCUUGCCUCCCCAACCCAUGCGGAGCCAACGCUCAAUGUAGGGAACAAAACGGUGCUGGAGCAUGCACAUGUAUUGAGGAUCAUUUUGGAAACCCUUACGAAGGAUGCCGUCCAGAGUGUGUGCUCAAUUCGGACUGCCCGUCGAACAGGGCUUGCGUUAGGAACAAAUGUCAAGACCCUUGCCCAGGAACCUGUGGUCAGAAUGCUGACUGCCAGGUCGUCAAUCACCUGCCCUCUUGUACCUGUUUCCCCGGAUACGAAGGAGAUCCGUUCCGAUAUUGUAACAUUCAACAAAGAGAACCGGUACAAGAGUAUGUCAAUCCUUGCCAACCGAGUCCCUGUGGUCCCAACAGUCAAUGCCGAGAGGUUAACGGACAGGCCGUUUGCUCGUGUCUGCCCACUUAUGUUGGUUCUCCUCCGGGAUGUCGCCCAGAGUGUGUGGUGAGCUCGGAAUGCGCCUUAAAUACGGCUUGUGUCAACCAGAAGUGCGUUGAUCCGUGCCCUGGAACGUGCGGAACCAAUGCUAGGUGCAACGUCAAUAACCACAGCCCCAUUUGCUCAUGUCAAUCAGGAUUCACUGGUGACCCGUUCACGAGAUGCUACCCCAUACCACCUCCGGUACAAGAUACUCCGAUCGUUGUAAGGAACCCGUGCGUUCCUUCUCCGUGCGGUCCAAACUCACAGUGCCGUGAUGUAAACGGCUCUCCUUCGUGUUCAUGUCUGAUCAACUACAUUGGAUCUCCGCCUAAUUGUCGCCCAGAGUGUACAAUUAACGCGGAAUGUCCAAGCAAUCAGGCGUGCAUGAACGAGAAGUGUCGGGACCCUUGUCCGGGAUCGUGUGGCAUCAAUGCAAGAUGCAAUGUGAUCAACCAUACUCCCAUUUGUACAUGCGAGGAGGGAUACACUGGAGAUCCUUUCACAAGCUGUCGACCCAUGCCACCACCACCGCCUGAGCCCGUCAAUGAUGAUCCGUGCAAUCCUUCGCCCUGCGGGGCUAAUGCGCAAUGCCAGAACGGUAUUUGCACAUGUUUGCCAGAGUACCAGGGCGAUCCGUACCGAGGCUGCAGGCCAGAGUGCGUCUUGAACUCGGACUGCGCUCGGGAUAGGGCCUGUAUUCGUAGCAAAUGUGUAGAUCCUUGUCCGGGCACGUGCGGUCAAGAUGCACUGUGCGAGGUGAUCAAUCACAUUCCGAUGUGCCGUUGUCCGGAUGGAAUGGCCGGAAAUGCAUUCGUGCAGUGUCGACCACAGCAAGCACCGGUUGUGACGAACCCAUGCAGUCCAUCGCCUUGCGGUCCUAAUAGCCAGUGUCGCGAAAUCAAUGGACAAGCCGUCUGCUCUUGUGUUCCGGGAUACAUUGGAAGCCCUCCGACGUGUCGUCCGGAGUGUGUUGUGAGCGCUGAAUGUCCUCAGAAUCAAGCGUGUACCAACCAGAAAUGUAGGGAUCCAUGCCCUGGAACAUGUGGAGUAGGAGCCAGGUGCUCGGUUGUGAAUCACAAUCCAAUUUGCAGCUGUCCAGAAAGAUACACAGGCGAUCCGUUCGUACGCUGUCAGCCCAUGAUCGAGCCUCCAGUACAAAUGACCCCCAGCAACCCUUGCCAACCGUCUCCUUGCGGACCAAAUGCACAGUGCCGCGCAGUGGGUGAUUCGCCAUCUUGCACUUGCAUAGAGGGUAUGAUAGGCGCACCACCCAAUUGCCGCCCGGAAUGCAUCAGCAACUCCGAUUGCUCAAACAAUUUAGCAUGCAUACGACAAAAGUGUCAAGAUCCUUGUCCUGGCGCGUGUGGUGCCAACGCGGAAUGUAGGGUUGUCAGCCAUACUCCGAUGUGCAUUUGUGCCGUUGGAUAUACUGGCGAUCCUUUCACUCAAUGCGUACCUUUCCAACAAGAUACGCCCAAGGACCAGACGACGCCUUGCCUCCCCAACCCAUGCGGAGCCAACGCUCAAUGUAGGGAACAAAACGGUGCUGGAGCAUGCACAUGUAUUGAGGAUCAUUUUGGAAACCCUUACGAAGGAUGCCGUCCAGAGUGUGUGCUCAAUUCGGACUGCCCGUCGAACAGGGCUUGCGUUAGGAACAAAUGUCAAGACCCUUGCCCAGGAACCUGUGGUCAGAAUGCUGACUGCCAGGUCGUCAAUCACCUGCCCUCUUGUACCUGUUUCCCCGGAUACGAAGGAGAUCCGUUCCGAUAUUGUAACAUUCAACAAAGAGAACCGGUACAAGAGUAUGUCAAUCCUUGCCAACCGAGUCCCUGUGGUCCCAACAGUCAAUGCCGAGAGGUUAACGGACAGGCCGUUUGCUCGUGUCUGCCCACUUAUGUUGGUUCUCCUCCGGGAUGUCGCCCAGAGUGUGUGGUGAGCUCGGAAUGCGCCCUGGAUAAGGCUUGUGUCAACCAGAAGUGCGUUGAUCCGUGCCCUGGAACGUGCGGAACCAAUGCUAGGUGCAACGUCAAUAACCACAGCCCCAUUUGCUCAUGUCAAUCAGGAUUCACUGGUGACCCGUUCACGAGAUGCUACCCCAUACCACCUCCUGUACAAGAUACUCCGAUCGUUGUAAGGAACCCGUGCGUUCCUUCUCCGUGCGGUCCAAACUCACAGUGCCGUGAUGUAAACGGCUCUCCUUCGUGUUCAUGUCUGAUCAACUACAUUGGAUCUCCGCCUAAUUGUCGCCCAGAGUGUACAAUUAACGCGGAAUGUCCAAGCAAUCAGGCGUGCAUGAACGAGAAGUGUCGGGACCCUUGUCCGGGAUCGUGUGGCAUCAAUGCAAGAUGCAAUGUGAUCAACCAUACUCCCAUUUGUACAUGCGAGGAGGGAUACACUGGAGAUCCUUUCACAAGCUGUCGACUCAUGCCACCACCACCGCCUGAGCCCGUCAAUGAUGAUCCGUGCAAUCCUUCGCCCUGCGGGGCUAAUGCGCAAUGCCAGAACGGUAUUUGCACAUGUUUGCCAGAGUACCAGGGCGAUCCGUACCGAGGCUGCAGGCCAGAGUGCGUCUUGAACUCGGACUGCGGUCGGGAUAGGGCCUGUAUUCGUAGCAAAUGUGUAGAUCCUUGUCCGGGCACGUGCGGUCAAGAUGCACUGUGCGAGGUGAUCAAUCACAUUCCGAUGUGCCGUUGUCCGGAUGGAAUGGCCGGAAAUGCAUUCGUGCAGUGUCGACCGCAGCAAGCACCGGUUGUGACGAACCCAUGCAGUCCAUCGCCUUGCGGUCCUAAUAGCCAGUGUCGCGAAAUCAAUGGACAAGCCGUCUGCUCUUGUGUUCCGGGAUACAUUGGAAGCCCUCCGACGUGUCGUCCGGAGUGUGUUGUGAGCGCUGAAUGUCCUCAGAAUCAAGCGUGUACCAACCAGAAAUGUAGGGAUCCAUGCCCUGGAACAUGUGGAGUAGGAGCCAGGUGCUCGGUUGUGAAUCACAAUCCAAUUUGCAGCUGUCCAGAAAGAUACACAGGCGAUCCGUUCGUACGCUGUCAGCCCAUGAUCGAGCCUCCAGUACAAAUGACCCCCAGCAACCCUUGCCAACCGUCUCCUUGCGGACCAAAUGCACAGUGCCGCGCAGUGGGUGAUUCGCCAUCUUGCACUUGCAUAGAGGGUAUGAUAGGCGCACCACCCAAUUGCCGCCCGGAAUGCAUCAGCAACUCCGAUUGCUCAAACAAUUUAGCAUGCAUACGACAAAAGUGUCAAGAUCCUUGUCCUGGCGCGUGUGGAGCCAACGCGGAAUGUAGGGUUGUCAGCCAUACUCCGAUGUGCAUUUGUGCCGUUGGAUAUACUGGCGAUCCUUUCACUCAGUGCGUUCCUUUCCAACAAGAUACGCCCAAGGACCAGACGACGCCUUGCCUCCCCAACCCAUGCGGAGCCAACGCUCAAUGUAGGGAACAAAACGGUGCUGGAGCAUGCACAUGUAUUGAGGAUCAUUUUGGAAACCCUUACGAAGGAUGCCGUCCAGAGUGUGUGCUCAAUUCGGACUGCCCGUCGAACAGGGCUUGCGUUAGGAACAAAUGUCAAGACCCUUGCCCAGGAACCUGUGGUCAGAAUGCUGACUGCCAGGUCGUCAAUCACCUGCCCUCUUGUACCUGUUUCCCCGGAUACGAAGGAGAUCCGUUCCGAUAUUGUAACAUUCAACAAAGAGAACCGGUACAAGAGUAUGUCAAUCCUUGCCAACCGAGUCCCUGUGGUCCCAACAGUCAAUGCCGAGAGGUUAACGGACAGGCCGUUUGCUCGUGUCUGCCCACUUAUGUUGGUUCUCCUCCGGGAUGUCGCCCAGAGUGUGUGGUGAGCUCGGAAUGCGCCCUGGAUAAGGCUUGUGUCAACCAGAAGUGCGUUGAUCCGUGCCCUGGAACGUGCGGAACCAAUGCUAGGUGCAACGUCAAUAACCACAGCCCCAUUUGCUCAUGUCAAUCAGGAUUCACUGGUGACCCGUUCACGAGAUGCUACCCCAUACCACCUCCUGUACAAGAUACUCCGAUCGUUGUAAGGAACCCGUGCGUUCCUUCUCCGUGCGGUCCAAACUCACAGUGCCGUGAUGUAAACGGCUCUCCUUCGUGUUCAUGUCUGAUCAACUACAUUGGAUCUCCGCCUAAUUGUCGCCCAGAGUGUACAAUUAACGCGGAAUGUCCAAGCAAUCAGGCGUGCAUGAACGAGAAGUGUCGGGACCCUUGUCCGGGAUCGUGUGGCAUCAAUGCAAGAUGCAAUGUGAUCAACCAUACUCCCAUUUGUACAUGCGAGGAGGGAUACACUGGAGAUCCUUUCACAAGCUGUCGACCCAUGCCACCACCACGUAAGAAACUCUUCCCCAAUCUUUGGCUUCCAGAUCUCUUCAUAACGAAUCCCCUUCAUUCAACAGCGCCUGAGCCCGUCAAUGAUGAUCCGUGCAAUCCUUCGCCCUGCGGGGCUAAUGCGCAAUGCCAGAACGGUAUUUGCACAUGUUUGCCAGAGUACCAGGGCGAUCCGUACCGAGGCUGCAGGCCAGAGUGCGUCUUGAACUCGGACUGCGGUCGGGAUAGGGCCUGUAUUCGUAGCAAAUGUGUAGAUCCUUGUCCGGGCACGUGCGGUCAAGAUGCACUGUGCGAGGUGAUCAAUCACAUUCCGAUGUGCCGUUGUCCGGAUGGAAUGGCCGGAAAUGCAUUCGUGCAGUGUCGACCGCAGCAAGCACCGGUUGUGACGAACCCAUGCAGUCCAUCGCCUUGCGGUCCUAAUAGCCAGUGUCGCGAAAUCAAUGGACAAGCCGUCUGCUCUUGUGUUCCGGGAUACAUUGGAAGCCCUCCGACGUGUCGUCCGGAGUGUGUUGUGAGCGCUGAAUGUCCUCAGAAUCAAGCGUGUACCAACCAGAAAUGUAGGGAUCCAUGCCCUGGAACAUGUGGAGUAGGAGCCAGGUGCUCGGUUGUGAAUCACAAUCCAAUUUGCAGCUGUCCAGAAAGAUACACAGGCGAUCCGUUCGUACGCUGUCAGCCCAUGAUCGAGCCUCCAGUACAAAUGACCCCCAGCAACCCUUGCCAACCGUCUCCUUGCGGACCAAAUGCACAGUGCCGCGCAGUGGGUGAUUCGCCAUCUUGCACUUGCGUAGAGGGUAUGAUAGGCGCACCACCCAAUUGCCGCCCGGAAUGCAUCAGCAACUCCGAUUGCUCAAACAAUUUAGCAUGCAUACGACAAAAGUGUCAAGAUCCUUGUCCUGGCGCGUGUGGAGCCAACGCGGAAUGUAGGGUUGUCAGCCAUACUCCGAUGUGCAUUUGUGCCGUUGGAUAUACUGGCGAUCCUUUCACUCAGUGCGUUCCUUUCCAACAAGAUACGCCCAAGGACCAGACGACGCCUUGCCUCCCCAACCCAUGCGGAGCCAACGCUCAAUGUAGGGAACAAAACGGUGCUGGAGCAUGCACAUGUAUUGAGGAUCAUUUUGGAAACCCUUACGAAGGAUGCCGUCCAGAGUGUGUGCUCAAUUCGGACUGCCCGUCGAACAGGGCUUGCGUUAGGAACAAAUGUCAAGACCCUUGCCCAGGAACCUGUGGUCAGAAUGCUGACUGCCAGGUCGUCAAUCACCUGCCCUCUUGUACCUGUUUCCCCGGAUACGAAGGAGAUCCGUUCCGAUAUUGUAACAUUCAACAAAGAGAACCGGUACAAGAGUAUGUCAAUCCUUGCCAACCGAGUCCCUGUGGUCCCAACAGUCAAUGCCGAGAGGUUAACGGACAGGCCGUUUGCUCGUGUCUGCCCACUUAUGUUGGUUCUCCUCCGGGAUGUCGCCCAGAGUGUGUGGUGAGCUCGGAAUGCGCCCUGGAUAAGGCUUGUGUCAACCAGAAGUGCGUUGAUCCGUGCCCUGGAACGUGCGGAACCAAUGCUAGGUGCAACGUCAAUAACCACAGCCCCAUUUGCUCAUGUCAAUCAGGAUUCACUGGUGACCCGUUCACGAGAUGCUACCCCAUACCACCUCCGGUACAAGAUACUCCGAUCGUUGUAAGGAACCCGUGCGUUCCUUCUCCGUGCGGUCCAAACUCACAGUGCCGUGAUGUAAACGGCUCUCCUUCGUGUUCAUGUCUGAUCAACUACAUUGGAUCUCCGCCUAAUUGUCGCCCAGAGUGUACAAUUAACGCGGAAUGUCCAAGCAAUCAGGCGUGCAUGAACGAGAAGUGUCGGGACCCUUGUCCGGGAUCGUGUGGCAUCAAUGCAAGAUGCAAUGUGAUCAACCAUACUCCCAUUUGUACAUGCGAGGAGGGAUACACUGGAGAUCCUUUCACAAGCUGUCGACCCAUGCCACCACCACCGCCUGAGCCCGUCAAUGAUGAUCCGUGCAAUCCUUCGCCCUGCGGGGCUAAUGCGCAAUGCCAGAACGGUAUUUGCACAUGUUUGCCAGAGUACCAGGGCGAUCCGUACCGAGGCUGCAGGCCAGAGUGCGUCUUGAACUCGGACUGCGCUCGGGAUAGGGCCUGUAUUCGUAGCAAAUGUGUAGAUCCUUGUCCGGGCACGUGCGGUCAAGAUGCACUGUGCGAGGUGAUCAAUCACAUUCCAAUGUGCCGUUGUCCGGAUGGAAUGGCCGGAAAUGCAUUCGUGCAGUGUCGACCACAGCAAGCACCGGUUGUGACGAACCCAUGCAGUCCAUCGCCUUGCGGUCCUAAUAGCCAGUGUCGCGAAAUCAAUGGACAAGCCGUCUGCUCUUGUUUAUCCGGCUAUUUCGGAAGCCCACCCAUGUGCCGUCCGGAAUGCACUGGUAACUCCGAAUGUUUGCUUUCGCUUGCGUGUAUCAAUUUCAAGUGUGCGGAUCCAUGUCCUGGUAGCUGUGGAUUUGCUGCGCGCUGUACAACGGUCAACCACAACCCCAUAUGUACUUGUCCUCCAAAAAUGACCGGCGAUCCGUUCACAAGAUGUUAUGAAAUCGCUGAAAAAUCUCCACCUCUGAACAUACCCGCCGAUCCAUGCCAACCGUCUCCCUGCGGUCCCAACGCUCUUUGUGCGAAUAACAACGGUGUACCAUCGUGUAGCUGCCAGCCAGAAAUGGUUGGCUCUCCGCCAAAUUGUCGACCAGAGUGCACUAGCCACUCGGACUGUUCACGUGUCCAGGCAUGUUCCAAACAAAAAUGUGUUGAUCCGUGUCUGAACGCGUGUGGUUCCGAUGCCAGAUGUCACGUUUCAUUACAUGUAGCAAACUGUUUCUGUCCGGACGGAUACGAAGGGGACCCGUUCCGCGCAUGUACAUUAAAAAUUACCACGCCGCCGCCACAGACUGAACCGAGAGAUCCAUGCUAUCCAUCUCCGUGCGGUGUUAAUGCACGUUGCCGACCGGCAAAUGGCGAAACAGCGAUUUGUGAAUGCAUUGAAAACUACUUCGGAAACCCGUACGAAUCUUGUCGACCGGAGUGCGUUGCCAAUGGAGACUGUCAAAAGUCCUUGGCUUGCAUUAACAAUCGCUGCAAGGAUCCAUGCCCUGGCGUAUGUGGCAGGAAUGCAGAAUGUGCCGUAGUUAACCACACUCCCGUCUGCUCGUGUCCCGAUGGAAUGAAGGGCAACGCGUUUGAGCAAUGUUUGCGCGAGGAAGUCACUCCACCGCCAUCAGACCCAUGCUAUCCAUCGCCCUGUGGCCAGAACACGGUGUGCCGUGUAUUCAACGGUAAUGCUGUUUGCGAAUGCUUGCCCGAGUUCAAGGGAAGUCCGUUCGGCCGGGGCUGUUACCCCGAGUGCGUGAUUAACAGCGACUGUCCGAGGGAUAGAACGUGCGUCAACAAAAAAUGCGUCGAUCCCUGUCCAGGCGUGUGUGGUUACAGAGCCGAAUGCCACGCGAUCAACAACAGUCCGGUCUGUUCGUGCCCAAGGGACAUGAUCGGUGAUCCGUUCGUCGAGUGCAAGCUUGCACCGCCAAAGGAUCCGUGUAACCCGUCGCCCUGCCGUACCAACGGUAUUUGCCGCGUGGUUGCUGAUCGUGCAGAAUGCCAGUAUCCGGAAUGUAUCAUCAACUCCGACUGUUCCACCAAUCGAGCAUGCUACAAUCAACGGUGCCAGGAUCCUUGCGUCGGUGCAUGUGGUAUCAAUGCGCUGUGUAGUGUAAUCAAUCACUCGCCGGUAUGUUCGUGUCCGGCUCGCCAUGCUGGUUCGCCGUUCGUGCAGUGCGUACCGCAACGCGACGAGCCGCAGCAGCCACAGCCGGAAUGCACUAGCGACGGCCAGUGUACCAAUGACAAGGCGUGCAUCGGUGGACAGUGCCAGAAUCCUUGCACGGUCAGCACAGGACUUUGCACCCAGAACGCCGAGUGUCGCGUGCAGUUCCAUCGUGCGAUUUGCGCUUGCCGCGAAGGGUACACGGGCAAUGCGCAGCUAGCCUGCUACGAGAUCGGAUGCCGCAGCGAUAGCGACUGUCCAGCAACGGAGGCGUGCGUGAACAAGAACUGUAUCGAUCCGUGCCGUCACACACAGUGCGGCCGCAAUGCGUACUGCAAGUCGGACUACAAUCACAAUGCCCGCUGCCACUGCAUGGAUGGAUAUCGGGGCAAUCCUUUGGUCGGUUGCACCAGGCCAGAGUGCACCAGCAACGACGAGUGCCCGUACCACCAGUCAUGCCAGAAUGAGCAGUGCCGUGACCCGUGCAACUGUGCCCCGAACGCACAGUGCAGGGUGGACAACCAUCAGGCCAACUGCCGCUGCCCACCAGGAUACACGGGUGAUCCGCUGUUUUCGUGUGAAAAGAUUCCGGUUCGUGACCCUGCCCAAUGUACGAUGGACGCAGACUGUCCGAGUAAGCUGGCAUGCUUCGAGGGCGUGUGCAAGAACCCGUGCACGGAAACGAAACCCUGCGCAGAGCAUGCGGUUUGCACGGUGCAGGACACGCUGCCGCUCCGAACCAUGUACUGCGUCUGCGAGGAAGGUUACGCGGGCGAUGCGGAAAGACAGUGCUUGCCAGUAUCGAAAGAUGAGCCGGGAUGCUACAGUGACGCCGAGUGUGCGCCGACCGAAUCUUGCAGAGCACGAGUUUGCGUGGACGUAUGCAGCGACUACAAUCCUUGCGCAUCGAGCGCGGAAUGCUUGGCGCAAAGCCAUAAGGCCAUCUGCUCCUGCCCUGUCGGUACGGUGGGAGAUCCGUUCCAGAACUGCUACAAGCCGCCGGUUGUGUCGCCCGAAUGUGUCGUCGAUGCCGAUUGCUCAUCGAGCAUGGCAUGCGUCAACGAACGGUGCCAGGAUCCGUGCGCCGGCAGCAAUCCGUGCGGAGGCAACGCAGAGUGUCGUGCCGUCUAUCACCGACCGCACUGCACCUGUCCCAUCGGAUGGGGUGGAGAUCCAAAGACGCAAUGUUACAAGCCGGAAUGUAAGAUCGACGCGGAGUGUCCGUUCGAUAAGGCAUGUUUCAACGAGAAGUGCAUCAGUCCGUGCACGUACGGUGCUACUCAGUGCGGCCGUGGGGCUGACUGUGUAGCCCAAAGCCACCGGGCAGUGUGCAUUUGUCCGCUGGGCACGCAGGGCAAUCCGUUCGUAUCGUGCGUCACGGGAAUGUGUCAGUACAACGAGGAUUGUGCCGAGCACGAGGCGUGCGACCGUUUGAACCGCGUCUGCCGCCCGGUGUGCGACGACGAAACGUGCGCUCGUACCGCCACUUGUGUGGCCAGGAAUCAUCAAGCGAGCUGCGAGUGUGCCCCGGGAAUGCGGGGCAAUCCGUACGUCGAGUGCAUGCGCGAUGUGCCGGAGCCGGAGUGCCGCAUGGACAGUGAGUGCGGUUCGCAGCAGGCCUGCAUACGCAACAGAUGCGUAAACCCCUGCACGGAGCUAACGCCGUGCGCGAGCCAGCAGAAGUGCAGCGUAAUAGACACGCUGCCGCUGCGCACCAUCAUCUGCGCCUGUCAGACGGACAUGCUGAUGGAUCGGUCCGGAAGCUGCAAGCCGAUCGUCAUUGAGGAGUGUCGCUUGGAUAGCGAUUGUGCCGAUACGGACCGCUGCCUGCGCGGACAGUGCGUCGAGGCGUGCAAGGCCGAUCCGUGCGGCAUCAAUGCGCAGUGUGCUUCCGCGAACCAUCGGGCGCAGUGUACCUGCUCGCCGGGUUAUGUAGGAAAUGCGCACAUCGAGUGUCUACCGGAACCGCGCGUUACAUCGCCGAAAGAGUGUGCCGCGGAUGACGAUUGUUCGGACGAUCGGGCGUGUUUCAACGAUCGCUGCGUGAACCCGUGCGUAAGUGAUGCUUGCGGACGGGGCGCGCUGUGCCGCACCAGCAACCACAAGGCGGUGUGCAACUGUCCAAGUGGAUAUACGAUGGACGGCAAUGGUAACUGUAUACCACCGGCCGGCGAUCUACCACGCUGUCGUUCGAACUCGGACUGUACGCGAAGCGAAACGUGCGUUAACGAGAUAUGCGCCAAUCCGUGCAACUGCGGCCAGAAUGCGGACUGCUUCGUGAAGGACCACUACCCGGUGUGCAGCUGCCGUUCGGGAUAUUCGGGCAACGCGCAAACCGGUUGCUUCAAGCUGGAGUGCCAGGCGGACAGCGAUUGCACCAACGACAAGCAGUGCACGAACGGUGCGUGCGUCGAUCCCUGCCUGUAUCAGAAUCCUUGCGCACUGAACGCGGAAUGCUACGGCGAUCGUCAUCGAGCGGCCUGCCGCUGCCUGCCCGGACUGGAGGGUAAUCCCUUCGAGCGGUGUCGCCGAGUGGAAUGUCACUACGAUGGUGAGUGCGCGAAAACGCUCGCCUGCCAGCAGGAGCAGUGCGUGGAUCCGUGUGCCAAUUCACCGUGCGCCCAGAAUGCGCAAUGCUUCGUGAGCAACCACCAGGCGCAGUGCAAGUGCCCUGAGCAGAUGCCGGAGGGCAAUCCGUACUCGUUCUGCAGACCGCGUGCCGUGGAACGCGAGGAGUGCCGUGUGGAUGGCGACUGUCCGAGCCGCAUGGCGUGCAUCGGAAACCGUUGCCUCAACCCGUGCGACGAGCUGCGCCCAUGUGCCGCGUCCGCGCUGUGUACGGUGCAGGACUCGGUGCCAGUGCGCACGAUGGUGUGCGAAUGUCCACCACUGCACGUGCCAGACAGUGCUGGAGAAUGUAGGCGCAUUGUGCUGCAGACACCGGUAGGUGUGUGUACGACGGAUUCGGAGUGCUCCGAGCAGGAGGCUUGCAUCAACCGACAGUGUCGCGAUCCGUGCAGCUGCGGAUCGAAUGCGAUCUGCACGAUUAAGAACCAUCGGGCGGUGUGCUCGUGCGAGGACGGCUACGAGGGCAAUCCCAACGUGGCCUGCCGUGCGAUUGGAUGCCGUGUUGAUUCGGAGUGCGAAACCAGCAAGGCGUGCGUGAACGGCAACUGCGUCAACCCGUGUCUCGACCACAACCCGUGCGGUAUCGGGGCGGAAUGCUUCGGGCGGGCGAAUCGGGCCGAAUGUCGCUGUUUGAGCGGCUACCGGGGCAACCCACUGGUGCAGUGCAAUGUGGUCGAGUGCCGCAGCAACAACGACUGCCCGGACGACAAGCAGUGCCGCAACGCGCAGUGCGUCAAUCCGUGCAUCUACGAGAACUCGUGCUCGCCGCGGGCCGAAUGCCGCGCACAGAACCAUCUGGUCGUCUGCCGCUGUCCGGUUGGGCUGGUAGGCAAUCCGUACGUCGACUGCCGGCCGGAAGUGGUGCCUGAGUGCCAGUAUGACACCGACUGCCCGGGCCAUCUGGCCUGCAUCGACAACAAAUGCACGGAACCGUGCAGUGCGCUAACGCCCUGCAAUCAGCCGGCCCGCUGCGAGGUGGUACCAUCUUCACCGGUGCGCACAAUGCUGUGCACCUGUCCGGACGGCUACGUAAGCAGCGGUAGCGGUACUUGCAAGCCGGUUGUGAAGGCGGGCUGCAUCUCCGACUCGGACUGCUCGAGCGACACGGCCUGCAUCAACAGCAUCUGCCGCGACCCGUGCAACUGUGGCCCGAACGCGGAGUGUCGCGUGAAGGACCACAAACCGGUCUGCUCGUGCGCCCAGGGCUACGACGGUGAUCCGGAGACGCAGUGCAUCAAGAUCGAGUGCCGAUCCGAUAGCGACUGCUCGGGGCAGCACACGUGCUACAACCGACAGUGCGUACCGGCCUGCUCGAUGGAAAGCUGCGGCACGCAGGCGGAGUGUAUCGGCGUGAACCAUCGUGCCGUGUGUGAGUGUGUGCCGGGCUACGAGGGCAAUCCGAAGGUGGCAUGCAAACUGAUCGGCUGCCGCCGGGAUUCGGACUGCCCGCUGGACAAGGCGUGCAUCAACGGCCAGUGCGGUAAUCCGUGCGAGCUGCAGGCAGUGUGCGCCCAGAACGAGCAGUGCCAGGUGUACCAGCAUCGGCCGGAGUGUGCUUGCCCGCCACCGUUCGAAAACGACCCGCUGCAGGGUUGCGUGCUGCGCGACGAUCGCUGCAUGACGGACGGUGAGUGUCCAUCGCAGACGGCGUGCAUACAGGGCGAAUGCGUUAACCCGUGCAAUGUGACGGAACCGUGCGGCGUGAACUCGAACUGCAAGGUGCUGGACACGCUGCCGGUGCGCACGAUGAUAUGCGAAUGUCUGCCAGGAUACCAGGGCAAUGCGGCGAUACAGUGCGACAAGAUGGCGCUAUGUCCUACAGACCGUGGGUUCGUGCGUAACUCGAACGGGGAAUGUGUUUGCCCGCCAGGGUACGGACUCUCGCUGUACGACGACUGUCAGCCGUGUCGCGAAGAGGAUGGACUCAAGGUGGACGAGACGGGACGGUGCGUUUGUGCACUGGAGCGAGGGCUCAUCAUCGACGAGCGUGGUCGCUGUAUCUGUCCAAUCGAGUACGGCUACCGGUUGACCAGCCGGGGCGAAUGCAUUCGCAGUGAGAAGCCCGAAUGUGAACGGGACGAACACUGCGCCGAUUGGCGGUACUGUAAUCUUGAGUCCAAGACGUGCGAUGAUCCUUGCCAGCGGAAGAUCUGCGGUACCAAUGCGCUGUGCAAUGCCACGAACCAUCAAGCAGUGUGUCAGUGCAUUACGGGAUACACUGGCAAUCCAGAGGAACAUUGCAAUCAAACAACCAACUUCCGCACAGACUUCCCGCAGCCCGAGAUGGUAGUGACCUGCCAAGCUGACGGUGUGCAAGUCGUUAUCGAUCUGGCCGAAUCGAACUUCAACGGUGUGCUGUACGUGAAGGGCCACAGCAAGGACGAGGAGUGUCGGCGGGUCGUGAACUUGGCCGGCGACACCUCUUCGGCGCGCACACAGAUCUUCAAGGUACACUUCGGCAGCUGUGGGCUGAUCCAUGUCAAUGGCAUCGCGAGCUUCGUCUUGGUCAUCCAGAAGCACCCGAAGCUGGUGACGUACAAGGCACAGGCGUACCACAUCAAGUGUGUCUAUCAAACGGGCGAACAGAACGUUACGCUAGGCUUCAACGUGCAGAUGCUGACGACGGCCGGAACGAUCGCAAACACCGGGCCGCCGCCUACCUGUGCCAUGCGCAUAGUCGCGUUCAAUGGCGAGGAAAUCAAUUCGGCUGAAAUCGGCGACAACUUGCGACUGCAGGUGGAGGUACAGCCAGCAACUAUCUACGGUGGAUUUGCACGCAGUUGCGUAGCCAAGACGAUGGAGGAAAGUGUCGAAAACGAAUACAUCGUCACGGACGAGGACGGCUGUGCGACAGACCCCUCGAUCUUUGGCGAUUGGGAGUACAACGCGGAAACGAACAGCCUGCUGGCGAGCUUCAACGCGUUCAAGUUCCCUUCGAGCGAUAACAUCCGCUUCCAGUGUAACAUUCGGGUCUGCUUCGGCAAGUGCCAACCGGUCAACUGCCAUGGCGCGAAUGCGUACGGUAAGCGCCGUCGACGCCGUGAAGCGCUUGGCAUCGAUAUGAUGAGUACGAUCGAGGUGGUGUACAACCGUACCAAGCGGGCCGCUGACGAUACGGCACUUGCCACGGACGACUCGCUCGGCAUGGAAGGCACCCUGCGGGAGGAAAUUACGAUCCAGUCCAACGCGAUUCUUACGCUAGAGAAGCGCGAAGAACGAUCGUACGACUCGAACAACAUCACACCAGCGGCACAGCGUGUGGAGGACAUUUGUGUAUCGAUGAUUGGGUUGAUAUUGGCGCUGGUGAUUACUGCACUGUUGGCCUUGGUGGCCGUUGCAGUGGCCGUGUCCUGCUGGCUGAUGGCGUAUCGACGACGACCAACAAUCACUGGACCGCUGCCCCACCCGCCCGAAUUCCCCAAUCCACUCUUUGCGCACCAUGAGCCAUCGGAACCGUCGCAUCAUGAUUUCAUGGGAUAGAUCUAGCAAAUCGCGCAAAAAAAAAAACUAUCACGAAACAAAACACACAAACACAUAAACAAACAAAUCGAAAAUCGACUAACCGAAACGACAAACAAAACGAAACAAAAUGUAAAGAAUUAAUUUAAAGACAAAAAUACUAGUGCUGCACACAUCGACCACUAAUCUGAGAUUAGAUGUAGUUGUAGUAACUCAAAUUAAACGAUUCGAUAGCUGACGAAGAGCGUGGAAGAAAUUCGUGGCUCCUCGCACACCAGCUAAGGGUAGAUACAAGUUAGGAAGGAAUAUGUAAAUAGUAUUAAAUUAAAACCCAAAGGGGAGCGCAAAAGAAAGGGUAAUUGCUCAAAGAGCGCCAAGGAUGCUCUCUUGAAGAAAGGGGAAAACACGAACCCCAACACAAUUAUCGGAAAGCAUCUUUGCGAAUGUAGUAGAAACUCGAAACCAGUGUCCUUCGUAGAUACAUUUAGUUAGCAUAGUUGCAAAUUCUUACUAGCGUACUGUAAAGUAUGGAAUGCGCAAGAUCAGAGUUAGCAGCAGUCCCGCGUAUGAGAGCAUUACGGUAUGUUUUCAACAGCCAAAUCACCACAAACGAACGCUUGCAGCUAUGGUCGAUCGCAUUCCAGCGCAUCCAUACCAUCUCCUCCGUCGAUCGUUCCUAGUCCUUUAUUUAUUAAUGUUGAUAUGAUGGUUAAAAUAUCAAUGGGUGAGCGUGCUUUUCCCCGAAAUAAUCUGCCAGAUACGUUUAGGGAAGUGCUCAUCCUGUGCACUCCGCAGAUGGGCUGUCCACCAGGGUCACACCAUCAGCACCGCAACGUGUGUGUUUGGCAAGUGUGCCCGCGUACGAGUGUCGUGUCGUAUUGGCAGCAAUGGUUCCGUUUUAACUGUAAUUUAUUGAUAUUUUAAAGUAUGCUUUUCAUAUAUACUGAACGAAUGAACGACGAUCGGCGGAGGAUUUGACGACGGAAUGUUAGUGACAUAUGUAAUAAUAAUUUGUUUUCCUUUUUGUUCCAGUGUUUUGUUCAUCUGAAACACUUACUUGGUGUUGUAUAGUAGUUUGUUGGCCUGCGGGCGUAAUACAAAAAGAAACGAGCGUUAGUGCGUCUUGGAACAAAAUGCAAUGUACUGCUGCGAAAAGUGAUGCCAACUCUUUUUGAAACCUUUUUGAAGCUAUAACGACACUCACUACCCUUUACUGCCAUGGACGAUUUUGACCGUUGCUGCGAAAAGGUUUACUUCUGCCGUACCGCUCCGUACGUCUACCAUACGCUACCGGUCAAUGUGCAUCACCAUGUGAGGAGCAGCGACCAAACUGGUUGCAUAUUUUCCGGAAUAUGUGUAGCAAGGCCACCGGAUACGGCAAAAAGUAUGAAGUAUACUUCCUUUCACCAACUACAAAAUUUACUGCCAAGUUCAUUUGUAUCGAAAUUUCUGUUGCUUGCUAACCACUGGCUGCUCCGGAAGGCUCGGUAAAACUACCAAAACCAGUGUUCAAAUUUAUUAGGAACAAACAAACGUACAGCAAUCACAUUUUCGGAGCAGACGUUCACUAGCAAAGCUUUGUUUGCCCUAUGCUUUACAGUAACUUUCAGCCUAAAGUAGCUAAUGUAUAAAUGUAUUCAGGUUCUCUUAGAAGACUGCCACCAAAACUGAUCACAGCACUAACCGUACAAGUACGCUCCUUGUUUUGUACAGCAGGAUCGACACUCGCACGGCGUACUUUACGUUUCCAUUUAGUUAUUUAGUUGUUCGUUUUCUUUCGAUGCAGCCGUACUGAAAACAUUCUGAAAGGCACUCUUACGAAUAUGAAUAGUAAAAAAAACACGAAACGAAUCUACACUAAUAGGAAAAAGAAAAAAAAACGUGACAAUAAACAAUAAUACUAAUCAAA